GUGAGAAGAUGAGGCUGGUUCAGAUCUCCUCCAUACUGCUGUGCUGCCUCUGUCUGUCUGAGGGGAAGAUUUCAGGUAACACCUUCGGCUCUUAGUUUAUCUUGGGUUUUUGAAUAUUCCAAAGUUAUUUAAACCUCUUACUUAUGAUGAUGCUUUUUCCAUGAUGAUGAUGAUGGUGGUAGUAUUUAUUUCUAUUUGAAAUUCUACCAUUAUUUGUAUUUUGUAUGUACUAUAUAUAUGCAAAACUAUCAAAACCGUCAUAGGAUGCCACCUUUCCAACAAGUCCGCUCAUCAAAUUUCUGCCCUGCUAGAGCUUCCCCGGUCAACUGUAAGUGCUGUUAUUGUGAUGUGGAAGAAACAACGGCUCAGCUGCGAAGUGGUAGGCCACACAAGCUCACAGAAUGGGACCGCCGAGUGCUGAAGCGCGUAAAAAUCGUCUGUCCUCGGUUGCAACACUCACUACCGAGUUCCAAACUGCCUGUGGAAGCAACAUCAGCACAAUAACUGUUCGUUGGGAGUUGAAUGAAAUUUGUUUUCAUGGCCGAGCAGCCGCACACAAGCCUAAGAUCGCAAUGCCAAGCCACGGCUGGAGUGGUGUAAAGCUCGCUGCCAUUGGACUCUGGAGCAGUGGAAACGCGUUCUCUGGAGUGAUGAAUCAUGCUGCUUCACCAUCUGGCAGUCCAACAGACUAAUCUGGGUUUGGUGGAUGCCAGGAGAACGCUUCCUGCCCCAAUGCAUAGAGCCAACUGUAAAGUUUUUGAUGGUGGAGGAAUAAUGGUCUGGGGCUGUUUUUCAUGGUUCAGGCUAGGCCCCUUAGUUCCAGUGAAGGGAAAUCUUAACGCUACAGCAUACAAUGACAUUCUAGACGAUUCUGUGCUUCCAACUUUGUGGCAACAGUUUGGGGAAGGCCCUUUCCUGUUUCAGCAUGACAAUGCCUCCGUGCACAAGGCGAGGUCCAUACAGAAAUGGUUUGUCGAGAUCGGUGUGGAAGAACUUGACUGGCCUGCACAGAGCCCUGACCUCAACCCCAUCGAACACCUUUGGGAUGAAUUGGAACGCCGACCGUGAGCCAGGCAUAAUCGCCCAACAUCAGUGCCCGACCUCACUAAUGCUCUUGUGGCUGAAUGGAAGCAAGUCCCCGCAGCAAUGUUCCAACAUCUAGUGGAAAGCCUUCCCAGAAGAGUGGAGGCUGUUAUAACAGCAAAGGGGGGACCAACUCCAUAUUAAUGCCCAUGAGUUUGGAAUGAGAUGUUCGACGAGCAGGAUGUUCACAUACUUUUUGUCAUGUAAUGUAUUCAUUCUAGCCUACUGUUUUUAUGUUUUCUGUCUGUUUCCUAUGUGUGUGAGCCACAUGCCUGUAAGCCGAAGAAAAAUGUCCAUUCCCAACAAGUUUUGAACUUUAAAUUGAGUUUGCUGCUGUUUUCAGAAUACCAGCUGGAGUCUGAGACCCUGAGUCAGUGUGAGUCGCUACGUGGUGUUAGUUCUGCCCUGCAACAAAACCAUGUCCCCCAGUGCUCAGAGGAUGGGAGGUUCAGGUACCUGACAUCGCUGUAUAUGACACAUGGUAGUUUGAAGUGGAAAGCUAGCCAGGACAGUAAACAAACAAUUUUCCUGUAUUCGUCCCAAAUGACACCCUAUUCCCAAUCCCUAUAUAGUGCACUACUUGCCUAAGGCUCCGGUCAAAAGUAGUGCACUAUGCAGGGAAUAUGGUGCCAUUUGGGAUGCGACCAUUGUUCCCUACUGUCUUCUAAUUGUUGUUGUGUACUCCAGACACGUCCAGUGCAGUAGUGGUGGUGGUGAGUGCUGGUGUGUGAACGCUGAGGGAGCUGAGAUCUCUGGAACCAGACAGAACGGAUCAGCUGUGUACUGUGAGCAGAACGCCUCUCUUCCUAUAAAUAUCUCUCUCAACAUGAAACCACAUUGGUGCUAGACGGGAUUAAUUCCCCUCUGGGAACCCUAGCCAGGCUCAAUGUGGAACACUAGAAGACCUUCUGAGAUGUAAAUGCAGUCUAUCACCAUCAUUGUCCUCCUCUUCCUCCUCCUCCUCCUCUUCCCACAGGUCUGACGUCCUGCCAGCUCCACAGACAGCAGGCCCUGCUGAGUGGCGAUGCCUCCCUGGUGCCCCAGUGCCAGGCCUCUGGGGACUACCAGGCUGUGCAGUGUGACAGCGCCCAGGGACAGUGCUGGUGUGUAGACCUGGAGGGCAUGGAGAUCUACGGGACCCGGCAGAACGGAAAGCCCUCUCAAUGUGAGUUAGUUAUGAGCAUGAUGAUUUGUGUUGUACAGUGGGGAAAAAAAGUAUUUAGUCAGCCAGUGAGAGGCCUGUAAUUUUCAUCAUAGGUACACGUCAACUAUGACAGACAAAUUGAGAAAAAAAUAUCCAGAAAAUCACAUUGUAGGAUUUUUAAUGAAUUUAUUUGCAAAUUAUGGUGGAAAAUAAGUAUUUGGUCACCUACAAACAAGCAAGAUUUCUGGCUCUCACAGACCUGUAACUUCUUCUUUAAGAGGCUCCUCUGUCCUCCACUCGUUACCUGUAUUAAUGGCACCUGUUUGAACUUGUUAUCAGUAUAAAAGACACCUGUCCACAACCUCAAACAGUCACACUCCAAACUCCACUAUGGCCAAGACCAAAGAGCUGUCAAAGGACACCAGAAACAAAAUUGUAGACCUGCACCAGGCUGGGAAGACUGAAUCUGCAAUAGGUAAGCAGCUUGGUUUGAAGAAAUCAACUGUGGGAGCAAUUAUUAGGAAAUGGAAGACAUACAAGACCACUGAUAAUCUCCCUCGAUCUGGGGCUCCACGCAAGAUCUCACCCCGUGGGGUCAAAAUGAUCACAAGAACGGUGAGCAAAAAUCCCAGAACCACACGGGGGGACCUAGUGAAUGACCUGCAGAGAGCUGGGACCAAAGUAACAAAGCCUACCAUCAGUAACACACUACGCCGCCAGGGAAUCAAAUCCUGCAGUGCGAGACGUGUCCCCCUGCUUAAGCCAGUACAUGUCCAGGCCCGUCUGACGUUUGCUAGAGUGCAUUUGGAUGAUCCAGAAGAGGAUUGGGAGAAUGUCAUAUGGUCAGAUGAAACCAAAAUAUAACUUUUUGGUAAAAACUCAACUCGUCGUGUUUGGAGGACAAAGAAUGCUGAGUUGCAUCCAAAGAACACCAUACCUACUGUGAAGCAUGGGGGUGGAAACAUCAUGCUUUGGGGCUGUUUUUCUGCAAAGGGACCAGGACGACUGAUCCGUGUAAAGGAAAGAAUGAAUGGGGUCAUGUAUCGUGAGAUUUUGAGUGAAAACCUCCUUCCAUCAGCAAGGGCAUUGAAGAUGAAACGUGGCUGGGUCUUUCAGCAUGACAAUGAUCCCAAACACACCGCCCGGGCAACGAAGGAGUGGCUUCGUAAGAAGCAUUUCAAGGUCCUGGAGUGGCCUAGCCAGUCUCCAGAUCUCAACCCCAUAGAAAAUCUUUGGAAGGAGUUGAAAGUCCGUGUUGCCCAGCGACAGCCCCAAAACAUCACUGCUCUAGAGGAGAUCUGCAUGGAGGAAUGGGCCAAAAUACCAGCAACAGUGUGUGAAAACCUUGUGAAGACUUACAGAAAACGUUUGACCUGUGUCAUUGCCAACAAAGGGUAUAUAACAAAGUAUUGAGAAACUUUAGUUAUUGACCAAAUACUUAUUUUCCACCAUAAUUUGCAAAUAAAUUCAUUAAAAAUCCUACAAUGUGAUUUUCUGGAGAAAAAAAAUCUCAUUUUGUCUGUCAUAGUUGACGUGUACCUAUGAUGAAAAUUACAGGCCUCUCUCAUCUUUUUAAGUGGGAGAACUUGCACAAUUGGUGGCUGACUAAAUACUUUUUUUCCCCACUGUAUAUUGAUAUGUCAUUUAGCAGACGCUUUUAUCAGAAGCGACUUACAGUAGUGGGUGCAUACAUUUUCAUAUGGGUGGCCCCAGCGGGAAUCGAACCCACAAUCCUGACGUUGCAAGUGCCAUGCUCUAUCAACUACACACAGCACAGUAAUAUAUAAAUGACUAGAACUGAUCAGAACAACCUUUGACCUCAGGCCCAGGCACCUGUGAGGUGAGGUCGAGGCGUCUCCUCCACGGCAUCGGGGAGCGCUCCCCCCCUCAGUGCUCGGCCGACGGCUCCUUCCUGUCCGUGCAGUGCAAGUUUGUCAACACCACUGACAGGAUGGUCUUGGACCUGCUGCACACUUUCAACAGGUGAGUGUCUGGGAGGGAAAUAUAUGCACUCUAAGUUUGCGCCCCAAAUGGCACCCUAUUCCAUAUGUAUAGUGCACUACUUUUGACCAGGGUCCAUAGGGAUCUUGUCAAAAGUAGUGCACUAUAUCAGGGGAAUAGGGUGCCAUUUGAGACGCUGACAUUAACUGUAAGACCGUUGGAAUCUCAUCCUUCAGUUUAUGUUGAAGGUGUGAGACCUAGCCCUCAAUCACUCACUCACACAAACACACUGCUGGGGUUUACUUUGACCUGGCUGCCUAUUGGCAUCCUGUGUGUGAGUGAGACAGGUUUUGAACAAAGCAAUUUCUAGUAUCUGCCUCUAGAUGGCAGCUGAGCGUAAUGCUUAGGCCUGUGGACAGGAUUUAGACCGAUGACGAGCUGGCAGGAGAACUGGGAGACCAAAUUCACUUUAUUUUCCCUCCUCGCUCUACAUUUCUAACCUGGUGUUAUCCUAUUCUUGUGUAUGGUAACUGGAAUGUGUUAUGAAAAAUGGAGAUGCUUGGUCUCUAGGGAACUUAUUGUAAAAUGCAGAAUUCACACAUUCAUUAGAAAUGUUUCACAGUGUCUAAAGUAAACAAUGUAGUCAUUCCAGAUGUUUCAGAUAAUAAUAAUAAUAAUCCACCAAUAUGUAAACUUUUCAUCUGGAAUGUGGGUUUGGACAAAUAGUUUUCACUCCUUCUGUUUAGUUAGCGCAGCUGCAACAAUUCCAACACUUACUACAGAGGCCUACACAAAAAUGUAUACUUUCAGACCUUGAAUUAUACUUUUAUAAUAAUAAUUUUGUCUUGUGUCUAUUUCUGGCUAGCAGAUGUUUUGACAUCCAUCUCUAGGCAACAAAUGGCACCAUAUUCCCUGCUUAGUGCGUGCAUGCCCGUGUCUGUCUGUGCGUGUAUGGGCAGGGUUCCAAGUUGACCCGGCUUGUGCAGUGAACUCUUUGCAUGAUCGGCCCCCAGCCUGGCCAAGACUGUCUCUGUUAUCACUCCUGUCUCCAGCCAAGUACAGCCAAGGGGUCAAGAGUUAAGUUGUUCCCGGUCCUCUAAAACCACUCAAAACUGGUCUUAACUGCCAGCCAGCCAGCAGGCAUUUAUCAAAUGACUCCAAGAUCAAAACCUUUUUAUAUUGACAAAUACACUGAAGGGAUGAUGGCGAUGACUUAGUACAUGAGCAAUGUAGAUUUCUGGGGCUUACUUUUACAAUCAAGGCAGGCACUCUUGGAGAGAGUAUUGCAUGUGGAUCAAUGUUGAAAGUUAAAGUAACACUGUCCGUCUUUGUGGAAGAGCUAACAACUGUUUGCAACUUGAAUCAGUUUGUCAUCUACAUUUACUGUGUAUUAUAGUAUUAUAAUUAGUAUUAUAAUUAGUAUUAUAGUGUUAUAGUAUUAUAAUUAGUAUUAUAGUGUACAGUCAUGUAUUUUACUGUUCUAGUAGCCUAUUUUAGACAGUGAAGUGACAAGAUGUGUGAUAUCUUCCACAGGUUCCCUAAAGUAUUCCAGACGUUCAGCAGCUUCAGACAGAUGUUCCCUGAGGUGUCCAGUUACUGUUUCUGUGCUGACAGCAGAGGCAGGGAGCUCCCCAGCACAGGUGAGAGAUACUACAUCAGCAGGUGACAUAUACACACACACACACACACUACAUUACUUACAAUAACUCUUAACUGGAUUUUCAUCAGGAAUCAGAAAUAUAUAUUUUUAAAUAACAGUGCUAUUAAACAGUGUGUGGAAGUAAAAUCAUUGUUUCCCCGUGUUCAGGUGUGGAGCUGCUGCUAGAUGAGGUGUAUGACACAGCCUUCUCAGGUCUGGAGCCAGGCCGCUCCUUCUCCCAGACCAACAUGUACCGCAUCCUACAGAGGAGAUUCCUGGCCAUCCAGCUGGCUGUGAGUGGCAGGUUCAGAUGUAAGUUAGUUUCCACCAUCAAUCUGACAUUAUUUCCGUCAGUGGUGAUUGGUGGCACUUUAAUUUGUAGGACGGGCUCAUAGCAAUGGCUGGAACAGAAUUUAAUUCCUGCUAUUAUUAGCAGCAGUCCUCCCCUAACCAGUCCUCCUCUGGUUUCCAUUGUAUUUAAUUGUCCCUCUCUCCCUCUGUCUGUCAUGGAGGCCCCAGCCCUUGUGAGAGCGAGUCAUCCGCUGAUGCCCAAGCUGGCAAUGUGUAUGUGCCAUCCUGUGAUGCCAAUGGUGGUUACGUGCCAACCCAGUGCCAGGCGAGUGGGCAGUGCUGGUGUGUGGACCCCACAGGGAAGGAGAUCUUUGGGACACGACAACAUGGAGGAUCCCCUGACUGUGGUAACUAAGUAACCAUUUUGUUGGAUUCAAAUAAUGCUUUGACCAUAAAGGGGUUCCAAACCAACAAUACAAUACCAUUGACUGUGCAGAUAGAGUGCACACCUCAAGAAUGUCCUGCUGAAUAAAAGUCUUAUCUGCCUCGUUUUGUAGUUUCAUUUCAGUCAAUUUGAUCUGCCUUUGGUUAUCAUGCUGUACACAGAAGACAUUAAAUAACAACAGUCAAUAUGUCCAUAAAAUUGUAGGCCUACAUAAAAUGUAUAGGAACAUGGCGUUUUUCCUCUACUGAACCCAGGUGCUGGAGUGAAGGACUGUCCCUCUGAGCGUCGCCAGGCCCUCUCCAGGCUCCUCUCUAGCCCCACAGGUCAGGUGACCUCAGCCCAGGACUCACAGACACACCCAGGCCCCCUGUCUCCCUGCAGCCCCCAACUCCAACAGCUCCUGCUGGGGUCUCUUACAGAGUCCCUUUCCGAGCGAUCCGAUGUAGGAGACAUCCUGGCUGAGAUGAUCCAGGGGAUGUUCCCUAGCGGGGCCAUGGCCCUCAAGGCCCUAGCUCUGUCCUCCAACCCCAAGAGACUCCAGGAGAACCUGUUCGGAGGAAAGUUCUUAGAAAACGCUGGGAUGUUCAACUUCACUGGGGCCGUCGGGGCCAGCGGCACGUUGAGUUUCAGUCAAGCCAGUCUGAAAAACAACCAAGAUCUAGUUAAGCUCGUCAGCACCACCCUAGAAAACAAAGUCUUCCUCUCCGCCCUACGCCAAACCGUCCUCUUAUCCAAAGCCGAGGACAGCACCCAGCUAGGUUAGUUUUUAAAUGAAUGCUUUUAAGUGCUGUCCUCUGGGGAUCCAAUGCACAUCUUACUGUAUUAGUUGUUUUCUACCCAAAUAAAUUAAAAUAAAUGAAAUUCAAUAGGUGAGCUCUUCAGGGUCCUGUUUGAGAGCGCCCAGUCCAGCAGCGGUGGUUGUGAGAGGGACCCCUCUGCCCUGUACGUGCCCAGCUGUGAUGACAACGGACAGUAUCAGGAGAUCCAGUGCCAAGGCUCAGAGUGUUGGUGUGUUGACCCCCAGGGUCAGGAGGUCACAGGGUCACGCUCCAAAGGUCAAAGGCCAAGGUGUCCGUCACGAUGCGAGAGGGAGCGAGCGGCUGCCCAGAAGGUAAUUACUUUAUGACACUCCCCCAGCACGUCUGUAAAUAACUACCGUACUGACUCUUCUCUCUGUGUUGUAUUUUAAAUAACUACCGUACUGACUCUUCUCUCUGUGUUGUAUUUUAAAUAACUACCGUACUGGCUCUUCUCUCUGUGUUGUAUUGUAAAUAACUACCGUACUGACUCUUCUCUCUGUGUUGUAUUGUAAAUAACUACCGUACUGACUCUUCUCUCUGUGUUGUAUUGUAAAUAACUACCGUACUGACUCUUCUCUCUGUGUUGUAUUGUAAAUAACUACCGUACUGACUCUUCUCUCUGUGUUGUAUUGUAAAUAACUACCGUACUGACUCUUCUCUCUGUGCUGUAUUGUACUUACUGUGUGUUUUUGUAUUGUAUCUUUAUUGAAUACUUUACAUUUUUGUUACGCUGUUUGUGCAGAGAGCUUGAGAGUAAGCGUUUCAUUGUACUGUACUGUGUAAACCUACGAUAUGCAAAUAAACUGAUUUGAUUUGAAGGUGAAGUCAGGCCAGGCUGCGGGGGUACAGGUGUUCAUGCCGAAGUGUGCGGAGGACGGGAGCUACGUGGCGUUGCAGUGUCUGGGAAAGAGUUGCUUCUGUCUGGACCUCCUGGGAGAGCGACACGCCACUAUCCCUGUAGGACAGACUGUUCAGUGUGAGUUGGCAGAUCCACCGCUCAUCAGACACAGAGUUAGCGUAGUCCUGGACUAAAAAGCAUUUCCAUGGAGAUUGAAAUUGCUUCUUAGUUCAAGACCAGGUUUAAUCUGUGUCCGGUAAACUGGCCCAUAGUGUACAGUCCAUCUAGCUGUAUUACCUUGUCCUGGUCCAAACUACUACAUUAUUAAGGUGUAAGGGUGCCCUGGUCCAAACUACUACAUUAUUAAGGUGUAAGGGUGCCCUGGUCCAAACUGCUACAUUAUUAAGGUGUAAGGGUGCCCUGGUCCAAACUGCUACAUUAUUAAGGUGUUAGGGUGCCCUGGUCCAAACUGCUACAUUAUUAAGGUGUUAGGGUGCCCCGGUCCAAACUACUACAUUAUUAAGGUGUUAGGAUGUCCUGGUCCAAACUGCUACAUUAUUAAGGUGUUAGGGUGCCCUGGUCCAAACUGCUACAUUAUUAAGGUGUUAGGGUGCCCUGGUCCAAACUGCUACAUUAUUAAGGUGUUAGGGUGCCCUGGUCCAAACUGCUACAUUAUUAAGGUGUUAGGGUGCCCUGGUCCAAACCGCUACAUUAUUAAGGUGUUAAGGUGCCCUGGUCCAAACUGCUACAUUAUUAAGGUGUAAGGGUGCCCUGGUCCAAACUGCUACAUUAUUAAGGUGUUAGGGUGCCCUGGUCCAAACUGCUACAUUAUUAAGGUGUUAGGAUGUCCUGGUCCAAACUGCUACAUUAUUAAGGUGUUAGGGUGCCCUGGUCCAAACUGCUACAUUAUUAAGGUGUUAGGGUGCCCUGGUCCAAACUGCUACAUUAUUAAGGUGUUAGGGUGCCCUGGUCCAAACUGCUACAUUAUUAAGGUGUUAGGGUGCCCUGGUCCAAACUGCUACAUUAUUAAGGUGUUAGGGUGCCCUGGUCCAAACUGCUACAUUAUUAAGGUGUUAAGGUGCCCUGGUCCAAACUGCUACAUUAUUAAGGUGUUAGGGUGCCCUGGUCUAAACUACUGCAUUGUUAAGGGGGUAGGGUGCCAUUUGAGACGUAAUAAUUGUUUUAGCUAUUCCUCUGUCUCCAGGUCCUUCCCCUCUCUCUCCCCUUCCCUCCCCAGGGCCAGCUCCAGGCUCCUGUUCCCUGGCGGUGGCUGAGGUGGACCAGUUCCAGGAGGAGGCUAAGCGUCUGGUCCUCCUCUCCAACAGCUCCCACGUCCCUCUGGGCUACAGGUAACCCUGAAGAAGACACAGUGUGCUGAGACCUGGGUGUUUACCCAUCACAUUAUUGAACCAUGUAUAGAGUGUGACUAUCUUUAUUUAUUAUUAUAAUAAUACUACAUUUGUAUUUAAAGCGCCUUACAUUUAAAAUAAAUAAAUAAAUAAGGACACUGUUUUCUACUGGAUGUUCUCCUCUGGGGUACAGCUACCUGCUGGCUGAAGGCCUUCGUCUGACCUCUGACGAGCUACUGCACGCCCUCUCCUCCUCCGACCAGACCAUGCUGCUCUCUGAUAGGCUGCUGAGCCACUCCCACUCUGCUCUACGACUGGCUGCCCACUCCAGUAUGUUUGGUGUGAUGUCAUAUCCUCUGGAUAUGAUGUCAUAUCCUUCUCUGCGUGAUGUGUUCCAUUACUUGUUUCUUUCCAUGCCAAGAGUUAACUACGAAAGAGUGUUAGAUGGCUACUGUUGUAAUAUUUAGUGUCAUCUCAACGUCAUAGUUUCUCUAUGUGAUUACUUUGUUUUGUUGUAUUUUCUCCCCAGCCCUGCAGUUCUAUUGGCAGAGCCAGCAGGCAGCAUCUGUGAAGGAGAGACAGUCUCUACUGCUGGGCUACCAGCCCUACAGGCCCCAGUGUGAUGCCCACAGACAGUGGCUGCCCACCCAGUGCCACCCCAGCACAGGUCAGAGUCACACCUCCAACUUCCAACCCAGCUCUGCAUUGUAACUGUAGUAGUGGUGGUAGUGUAAUACAGGCCUCAGUACAGGUCAUUAUACCUUCUCCAGACCCUUCUAGAAGGAGACCUCUCUUAAUCAGCAGCGUCUCAUUGUUUCUUCACUCAUAAUAUGUUGGUUGGAAACAGAUAAGACAAAUGAAGUAGCUACAGUAGUGUUGUAUUGACUGUGUUGGUAAUGUAGCUUCUGUAGUGUUGUAUUGACUGUGUUGGUAAUGUAGCUUCUGUAGUGUUGUAUUGACUGUGUUGGUAAUGUAGCUUCUGUAGUGUUGUAUUGACUGUGUUGGUAAUGUAGCUUCUGUAGUGUUGUAUUGACUGUGUUGGUAAUGUAGCUACAGUAGUGUUGUAUUGACUGAGUUGGUAAUGUAGCUACAGUACUGUUGUAUUGACUGAGUUGGAACUGUAGCUACAGUACUGUUGUAUUGACUGUGUUGGUAAUGUAGCUACAGUAGUGUUAUAUUGACUGAGUUGGUAAUGUAGCUUCUGUAGUGUUGUAUUGACUGAGUUGGUAAUGUAGCUACAGUACUGUUGUAUUGACUGAGUUGGAACUGUAGCUACAGUACUGUUGUAUUGACUGUGUUGGUAAUGUAGCUACAGUAGUGUUAUAUUGACUGAGUUGGUAAUGUAGCUUCUGUAGUGUUGUAUUGACUGUGUUGGUAAUGUAGCUACAGUAGUAUUAUAUUGACUGAGUUGGUAAUGUAGCUUCUGUAGUGUUGUAUUGACUGUGUUGGUAAUGUAGCUACAGUAGUAUUAUAUUGACUGUGUUGGAACUGUAGCUACAGUAGUAUUAUAUUGAAUGUGUUGGAACUGUAGCUUCUGUAGUGUUGUAUUGACUGAGUUGGUAAUGUAGCUACAGUAGUAUUAUAUUGACUGAGUUGGUAAUGUAGCUUCUGUAGUGUUGUAUUGACUGAGUUGGUAAUGUAGCUACAGUAGUAUUAUAUUGACUGAGUUGGUAAUGUAGCUACAGUAGUAUUAUAUUGACUGAGUUGGUAAUGUAGCUUCUGUAGUGUUGUAUUGACUGUGUUGGUAAUGUAGCUACAGUAGGAUUAUAUUGACUGUGUUGGAACUGUAGCUACAGUACUGUUGUAUUGACUGUGUUGGAACUGUAGCUACAGUAGUGUUGUAUUGACUGUGUUGGAACUGUAGCUACAGUAGUGUUGUAUUGACUGUGUUGGAACUGUAGCUACAGUAGUGUUGUAUUGACUGUGUUGGAACUGUAGCUAAGUAGUGUUGUAUUGACUGAGUUGGUAAUGUAGCUAUAUUACUGUUAUAUUGACUGAGUUGGUAAUGUAGCUACAGUAGUGUUGUAUUGACUGUGUUGGUAAUGUAGCUACAGUACUGUUGUAUUGACUGAGUUGGUAAUGUAGCUACAGUAGUGUUGUAUUGACUGUGUUGGUAAUGUAGCUACAGUACUGUUGUAUUGACUGAGUUGGUAAUGUAGCUACAGUAGUGUUGUAUUGACUGUGUUGGAACUGUCUGCAGGUCAUUGCUGGUGUGUGGAUGGGGAAGGAGGAUAUAUCCCAGGAUCCCUGACCAGUCGCUCCCUGCAGAGACCACAGUGUAAGACAGGACAUUUUAUAGUUUCUCACUGACUUUCAUUUUUCUGUAUGUAAGGAUAGCCCUCCUCCAAUCUGCUUUUGUCAGUGUUGAAUGAUUUUAGUUGUUUUCUGGGAAUCUCCUCUCCUCUUCCAGGCCAGACCCGGUGUCAGAGAGCUCAGGCUCAGGCUCUGCUCUCUGAUUGGACACAGUCCUCCUACGACCCGACUUGUGAAGUGGUGAGAAUCCUCUCCAGAAUGUUGAGCAUAAAUAUAAUGAAAUGAUUUAGUUUUGUUCAUAAUUCUGCUCUGUCGUUAUCCUCCUUGCUGUAACUUCUGUCUGUGUCUUUCAGAGGGAUUGGUAUAAAGCAGAUUUCCUGUUUCUAUUGGACAAUAAAGUAUUCUUCUAUUCUUCUGUAUCUACAGUAUGUGUCCUUAGUAACAGUGGUUGUGGUGCUGUCUGUGUGUUUCCAGAGUGGCCAGUUCUCUGUGCUCCAGAAGGGGUCUUCAGGUGGAGGUGGAGCCCAGUGUGUCAGUCCUGUGUCUGGGGAAACCAUCCAGCCUGCUACCCUGAGCCCAACUGGAUACCUCACAUGUACUGACAUGUUUAAUACACUCCACUUAUAACAACCAACGCAUAUAAGAAUCAAUCACUUAGUGGUCCGUCAAUUUUGGGACAGACAUAUUCAUAUACUUUACUUUUUAAGAAAUAUCAUUUCAUUUUAUAACACAUUGUAUAUCAAGUCCAUCUGAAGGACUCAACUAUUUCACAUCUUGUUUGCUGUCUGCAAUUUGCUAAAUAAAAACGUUGAACAUGUGAAAAUAGAACGGUAUUAUUUUAAAACCCAUCUCCCCCUCUGUCCCCCAUGUGGCUCUCUAGGUCCUAGCUGGUGCCAGUUGUUAAAAGACAGCGGUCAGUCUGUGGUGGGUUAUGAGCCGGCGUGCCAGGUGGAUGGAAGGCUGUUCUCCCCGCUGCAGUGUGACCAGACAGACUGCUGGUGUGUGUCUCAGACAGACGGACAGGAGCUGCCUCAAACCAGGACCCCACGCAGCAUGGGGAAGACCCCAGCCUGUGACAGUAAGUUUGGGGUAAAUGUACUGGAUGUUUAAAGAUGGCUAUAAGCGGGUUUUGUAAAUACACUGUACAUAAGCACACACACACACACAGGAAAGAGUUUAGUUGGCCCAUAACAAUAUCCCAUCUGUUACCAAAAGCUUAUUCUAGCUGUACAAAUAGAAAGACAAACACUUCAUAUAAAAAGUCACUAUUUAUUUACGCAUCUCAGUAAAACUUUGUCUUCCGUCUAUUUACCUGUAUUCGCUCUGUCUCCAGGUCCCCAGUGUCCCUCUCCGUUCUCGGACAUCAUCGUUACCCACGGUGACGUGGUCUGUCGCUCUGACGUGAUUGGUGGCCAGCAGAACUGUGACCUCAUCUGUCACCUGGGUUACGAAAGCACCCUUCCUGUUAACAUGCAGUUACUGUGUGACGUGGCGACCAGAGCCUGGGUGACAGAGGCCCCACUUCCUCAAGCCUGCCAGAGUAACUAACCACACACCACUUCAAACAAACCCCCCAUAUUCUGUCCGGCUGGCUCUCCCUCUCUCUGGCUCUGUAGAGUACAGAUGUUUUAUUAUCCCUAAAAUGCUAUUUGUGUAUAUCUGUCUCUCUCUCUCUCCCUCUCUCUCUAUCUGUCUCUCUCUAUCUUACGUUCUCUCUCCCUCUCUCUUGUUCUCUCUCUCUCCGAGUGUAUCUCUGGCUCUCUCUCAAUUUCUGAAUAUUCAAACCGUAUUGGGACUUCUGGUUUGCCUAGGAAAUUCUCCCAAGCUUCCUGUUAAAAGCAUAUUAGAAGUAACUUGUGCCAAGCUUCACAUGAUCUAAUUUAGCAGAUGUGCAUUUAUCACAGUGUGUAGUCUAGCACAGAAUGGCCAGACCUCCUGUCUGAAAAACAGGGUAAUAUGACGAAUGCUCACUGGAGUUGACAUGCAGACAUAACAGUCAUAGACUAUCUAGUAGUGAAAAUGUCCAUCAAGGCUUUACAUUUACAUUUACGUCAUUUAGCAGACGCUCUUAUCCAGAGCGACUUACAAAUAGGUGCAUUCACCUUAUAGCCAGUGGGAUAACCACUUUACAAUGUUAUUUUAAAAAAAAAAAUGGGGGGGGGGGGGGUGGGGGGUUGGAUUAAAGGGGGGGGGGGGGGGGGGGGGGGGGGGGUAGAAGGAUUCCUUUAUCCUAUCCCAGGUAUUCCUUAAAGAGGUGGGGUUUCAAAUGUCUCCGGAAGGUGGUGAGUGACUCCGCUGUCCUGGCGUCGUGAGGGAGCUUGUUCCACCAUUGGGGUGCCAGAGCAGCGAACAGUUUUGACUGGGCUGAGCGGGAACUAUGCUUCCGCAGAGGUAGGGGAGCCAGCAGGCCAGAGGUGGAUGAACGCAGUGCCCUCGUUUGGGUGUAGGGACUGAUCAGAGCCUGAAGGUACGGAGGUGCCGUCCCCUCACAGCUCCGUAGGCAAGCACCAUGGUCUUGUAGCAGAUGCGAGCUUCAACUGGAAGCCAGUGGAGUGUGCAGAGGAGCGGGGUGACGUGAGAGAACUUGGGAAGGUUGAGCACCAGACGGGCUGCGGCAUUCUGGAUGAGUUGUAGGGGUUUAAUGGCACAGGCAGGGAGCCCAGCCAACAGCGAGUUGCAGUAAUCCAGACGGGAGAUGACAAGUGCCUGGAUUAGGACCUGUGCCGCUUCCUGUGUAAGGCAGGGUCGUACUCUCCAAAUGUUGUAGAGCAUGAACCUACAGGAUCGGGUCACCGCCUUGAUGUUAGCGGAGAACGACAGGGUGUUGUCCAGGGUCACGCCAAGGCUCUUCGCACUCUGGGAGGAGGACACAACGGAGUUGUCAACCGUGAUGGCGAGAUCAUGGAACGGGCAGUCCUUCCCCGGGAGGAAGAGCAGCUCCGUCUUGCCGAGGUUCAGCUUGAGGUGGUGAUCCGUCAUCCAUACUGAUAUGUCUGCCAGACAUGCAGAGAUGCGAUUCGCCACCUGGUUAUCAGAAGGGGGAAAGGAGAAGAUUAGUUGUGUGUCGUCAGCGUAGCAAUGAUAGGAGAGGCCAUGUGAGGAUAUGACAGAGCCAAGUGACUUGGUGUAUAGCGAGAAUAGGAGAGGGCCUAGAACUGAGCCCUGGGGGACACCAGUGGUGAGAGCACGUGGUGCGGAGACAGCUUCUCGCCACGCCACUUGGUAGGAGCGACCGGUCAGGUAGGAUGCAAUCCAAGAGUGAGCCGCGCCGGAGAUGCCCAGCUCGGAGAGGGUGGAGAGGAGGAUCUGAUGGUUCACAGUAUCAAAGGCAGCAGACAGGUCUAGAAGGACAAGAGCAGAGGAGAGAGAGUUAGCUUUAGCAGUGCGGAGAGCCUCUGUGACACAGAGAAGAGCAGUCUCAGUUGAAUGACCAGUCUUGAAACCUGACUGGUUUGGAUCAAGAAGGUCAUUCUGAGAGAGAUAGCAAGAGAGUUGGCUAAAGAUGGCACGCUCAAUAGUUUUGGAGAGAAAAGAAAGAAGGGAUACUGGUCUGUAGUUGUUGACAUCGGAGGGAUCGAGUGUUGGUUUUUGAGAAGGGGUGCAACUCUCGCUCUCUUGAAGACGGAAGGGACAUAGCCAGCGGUCAAGGAUGAGUUGAUCAGCGAGGUGAGGUAAGGGAGAAGGUCACCGGAGAUGGUCUGGAGAAGAGAGGAGGGGAUAGGGUCAAGCGGGCAGGUUGUUGGGCGGCCUGCCGUCACAAGUCGCAAGAUUUUAUCUGGAGAGAGAGGGGAGAAAGAAGUCAAAGCAUAGGGUAGGGCAGUGUGAGCAGGACCAGUAGUGUCAUUUGACUUAACAAACGAGGAUCGGAUGUCGUCAACCUUCUUUUCAAAAUGGUUGACGAAGUCAUCCACAGAGAGGGAGGAGGGGGGGUGGGGAUUCAGCAGGGAGGAGAAUGUGGCAAAGAGCUUCCUAGGGUUAGAGGCGGAUGCUUGGAAUUUAGAGUGGUAGAAAGUGGCCUUAGCAGCAGAAACAGAUGAAGAAAAUGUAGAGAGGAGGGAGUGAAAAGAUGCCAGGUCUGCAGGGAGUCUAGUUUUCUUCCAUUUCCGCUCAGCUGCCCGGAGCUCUGUUCUGUGAGCUCGCAAUGAGUCAUCAAGCCACGGAGCUGGAGGGGAGGACCGAGCCGGCCGGGAGGAUAGGGGACAUAGAGAGUCAAAGGAUGCAGAAAGGGAGGAGAGGAGGGUUGAGGAGGCAGAAUCAGGAGAUUGGAGGGAGAAGGAUUGAGCAGAGGGAAGAGAUGAUAGGAUGGAAGAGGAGAGAGUAGCGGGAGAGAGAGAGCGAAGGUUGCGACGGCGCAUUACCAUCUGUGUAGGGGCAGAGUGAGUAGUGUUGGAGGAGAGGGAGAGAGAAAAGGAUACAAAGUAGUGGUCGGAGACUUGGAGGGGAGUUGCAGUGAGAUUAGUAGAAGAACAGCAUCUAGUAAAGAUGAGGUCAAGCGUAUUGCCUGCCUUGUGAGUAGGGGGGGACGGUGAGAGGGUGAGGUCAAAAGAUGAGAGGAGUGGAAAGAAGGAGGCAGAGAGAAAUGAGUCAAAUGUAGACGUAGGGAGGUUGAAAUCCCCCAGAACUGUGAGGGGUGAGCCAUCCUCAGGAAAGGAACUUAUCAAGGCGUCAAGCUCAUUGAUGAACUCUCCAAGGGAACCUGGAGGGCGAUAGAUGACAAGGAUAUUAAGCUUAAAUGGGCUAGUGACUGUGACAGCAUGUAAUUCAAAUGAGGAGAUAGACAGAUGGGUCAGGGGAAUAAUUGAGAAUGUCCACUUGGGAGAGAUGAGGAUUCCUGUGCCACCACCCCGCUGACCAGAUGCUCUCGGGGUAUGCGAGAACACAUGGUCAGACGAGGAGAGAGCAGCAGGAGUAGCAGUGUUUUCAGUGGUAAUCCAUGUUUCCGUCAGCGCCAAGAAGUCGAGGGACUGGAGGGUAGCAUAGGCUGGGAUGAAGUCUGCCUUGUUGGCAGCAGAACGGCAGUUCCAGAGGCUGCCUGAGACCUGGAACUCCACGUGGGUCGUGCGUGCAGGGACCACCAGGUUAGAGAGGCAGCAGCCACGCGGUGUGAGGCGUUUGUGUAGCCUGUGCGGAGAGGAGAGAACAGGGAUAGGCAGAGGCAUAGUUGACAGGCUGCAGCAGAUGGCUACAAUAAUGCAGAGGAGAUCGGAAUAAAAUGAACUAAACAUCUGGGAAAGGAGAGAGCGGGGCCUCCCUCACCACAACUCCCAAAUAUAACUCUCCCAACUUCCACCUCAAACUAUAAUUGUUGUAAACUACAGCAGUUCAAUGUUUUCUAGGAAUAGACUAACCUAGUUUAUUCAGCUAGCUAACUAGGUGCAGUAUUAUUCCACGUCCGGGCACCUCGUCAUAAGACGCCACAGCCAACUAGCAUGCCGGUCUCCAGCAGCAGGGUUUAGCGCCAAUACUCAGCCACAACAACCACCAGUGUAUCAACACACAAGCAGAUCUUUCGUGUCCGUGUCUAACGUUGUGGGUUAGUCCCGACAGCUUGAGCGAGUCCGUCGUCAACUUAUUCAGCCAGUUAGUUAGCUAGAAUAGUUAGCAAACUAGCUAGCCAUUGCUUUCAGACAAAGAAGAACCCCUCCUUUCACGGCACGAACACACAGAGAGAGCCAAACUAACGUUAACUAGUCACCCAUGUCCCGAAUUCCUUGAGCGACUCGGGCUAUCAAUAUGUAAAAAACAAAACACAAGUGUAGGUUAUGACUUACCCCUAGCAGCUACUGUUAGCUAGCCAAGUGCAAAGCUAGCCACUGAAUUGACUCAGCCAGUUCGCGUCUGUUCGCUCGGUCGUUCCAGCUAUUGUUUACAAGUAGCUAUCCAGGUUGCAACAAGCUUGCUAAUUUUCAAGCACAGUAGCCACUUGCUACCUAACGUUAACGGUUCAGACAAUGAGGUUAGAAAACAGCUGAAUGGUAGGCAGUUAUUGUAUGUAAUUAUUGUAGGCAGCCAGCUGGCGUAAUUACAGGCACUCUCAGGCGUGAAACAACUAUACCGUUGCUAAUAGCUACUCGCCAGCUAGUCCAGGUGGUGAGUUAGCUAGCUAGCUAGCUUCGUGCUACACCCGGCACCGCCGAAUACAAUACGAACCUACAAUAAUUACAUACAACAACUACCUACAACAACCCACGAUACCUACCUACAAUACCUAACUACAAUCUAAAUACAUAGUUUAAGCCUUACUCGACAAAGCCCAAGCUAUGUAUAAAGCCAAACUUACCCGACGCCAAGCCUAGCUUACCCGACGACCUCCUCCCAGCUCAGCUAGACCUUCGACUCAGGGUUAUAUUUAUCGUGACUUGGCUGAUUUGAGUGUAUGUUAAAGGGAAGUUGUUUUGGGUGUGCUCCCUCAGUGUUCGGUUGUUGCUCAUGUCUGACUGUUUACGUCUCUCUUGGACUAAUGAUGCUUCACACUGUAAUCAGUGCUGUGUACAGUUUGAUGGAAUCACUACGUGUGUGGGGCAGGGCUUUAGUGUCUAGACUUCAUGAUGUCAUGUCUCUGCCUGUCUCUAUGUGUCUGUGUUCCAGGACUUCAGGUGCUGCAGACCGUCCAGACCUCUGUGGUGCUCCAGCUCGCCCUGACUCCGGGUCAGGAACCCUGCAGAUCCUCCCUUCACUCCAGCCUGCAGAUCUCUCUGCUCCACGACAUGAGGGCCAAGGGCCUCUGCAGCCUGCAGGUUGGUGUGUUUGUGUGUCUGUGAGUGUGUGUGUGUGUGUGUCCCAAUGUCUGCCAUCUACUGUUGCAAUAACAGAUAGUGAAAACCAUGUGCAACUUGCUUUGAAUGGAAAGGUGCCUGCAGGUCAUAUUCCAGUACCACAGAACCUGAACUAAUGCAAAACAUAUGCUGUUAGAAAAAAACAAGUACGUUAACUAUAGAUUUAUUCAUAAGCACUAUAAACCCUCUAGCAGAUAUACAUGCAUGAUUGAUUGAUUUAAUAAUAUGCACUGUAUUGAUUUGCAUAUGACAGUUUUAUACUACAGCUAGUUGUCUAUAGUUGGCUAAGUAAGCCUUGUCCGAGCCAGAACUGUAGCGCAAGGCAGCUUGGUGCACAAGUACACCCACUGGACAGGACGCUAGUUGGCUAGCUAAAGAUGGAGGAUCUUAAUUUGAGCCAGUUUGCUACAGCAGGAAAAUAGUCCUGCAGCAACAGGAAAUAUGAAUUAUUAUGUGUAUUAUAAUUAAUGAGCAUUUUUGUAGGUUUUGAUAUAUUUUUCAUAAGGGAAAAUUAAGUCUGAAAGUGGAAAUUUCAAACUUCAGAAGCCUUUUUAAACCUCAAAUACUCUACACGUUUAAAAUGUCCUGCAUUGCAGGAAAGUUCUCCUGCAACAGGGAGAUUCAAUUAAGAUCCUACAUCUGUACAGGUUGGCUGACUACUGUGUCUCUCCUGUUCUAGCUGACCUUCAGCUCUGUGUCAGUGUGUGAUGAGUCGUCUGUCUCUGUGGAGUGUGUGGGGGAGGAAAGUCUCAGUGUUCAGGUCAGCUGGAAGGCUCUUCUCUCAGACCUUCCUGUCUCUGCUCUGCCUGACCUGCAUGAUGUAGGUAAGGAGCACAGACAAUAUUUAUCAAAUAUUUCUCAAUGAAAGCCGCAAAUACUGUCUCACACCCCUUAAAUAUGUCUCAAAACUAGUUUAUGCAUUUUAAACUUUGACUUUGUCAAGUGUGUGUAUAUUUUAUUGGAGGUGUGCCAAAGCGCCUUUUCAUGUUUCAUUUAAUUGUAAAACAGAAGUAUUUGUGGAUUGUAAGUCAUUAGUGAAUCAUCUAUUUCCAGAUGUGGUGCUCAGUAAGGACAGGCUGUUGGAUGGGCUGCUAGGCCUGAUGGGUAGUGAGCCCUACCGCUCCCUCUUGACCUCUGAACCCAGAGUCCUCUCUACCUCAGCACCCGGCUUCGGCUGCUCCCAUGGCUACCAGCGUGUUGGGACAGGAUGUGGUACGUCCUUAUUACCUUUCCCACUAAAACACAACCUAGCCUGAACUACUGUGUAUCAGGGAGAUCAAUCAAACAGUUCAUAUGAAAUAAAACUGCAUACUUACUGAUUUGCUAAAAAUCACUACCCUCUUGACAGCAUUAUUAAUAACUGAAUUUAUACCACACACUCUUUUCUUCCUCCUCUCUCUCCCUCUCUCACUCUCCCUCCCUUUUUCCCUCUCUCCCUCUCGCUCUCUCUCUCUCCUCUCCCUCGCUCUCUCUCGCUCUCUCUCUCUCCCGCUCCCUCGCUCUCUCCCGCUCUCUCGCUCUCCUUCGCUCUCUCCCUCUCUCUCGCUCUCUCCCUCGCUCUCUCUCGCUCCCUCGCUCUCUCUCGCUCUCUCUCCCGCUCCCUCGCUCUCUCUCGCUCUCUCUCCCGCUCCCUCUCGCUCUCUCUCCCGCUCCCUCGCUCUCUCUCGCUCUCUCUCCCGCUCCCUCUCGCUCUCUCUCUCUCUCCCUCUCUCUCUCUCUCUCUCUCUCUCUCUCUCUCUCUCUCUCUCUCUCUCUCUCUCUCUCUCUCUCUCUCUCUCUCUCUCUCUCUCUUCUCUCUUCCCCCCCCCCCCCCCCCCCCCCCCCUCCCAUAGUGGUGUGUCCUGCGGGUACAUUUUCCAGUGGAGGUGUUUGUUCUCCCUGUCCUCAGGGCUCCUACCAAGACCAGGAGGGGACAGACUUCUGUACCAUGUGUCCUAAAGGCACCUCCGCAAACGGAGCCUCCAUUGCCACACACUGUGAGUGAGGAGAUGGGAAACAUGGAACACUUUGGGUUCCUUAUUAACACUCGCUUUCUGUUGCUCAGCUCACCCGGUGUUAGAGAGGAUUGGGGGAGUAUAUUUGACUUUAUUAUUAUGUAGAUCUAUGAUAUUUAUUAAGGUCUAGGACCAUCGUCCUAUCCCCUAACAUAGGCAGCAUAACUGCUCAAUUCACUACUGUUGUGUAUAUGUGUGUUUUGUAAUGUCCAGGUUUGACAGAGUGCCAGCGCAGUGGCCUGAGGUGUUCAGAGGGAGGGGACUUCCUGUCAGCCCAGCAGGACAUCCAGACCAGGAGGUGGCGCUGUGUGACGUCCAGCGGAGAGCAGCUGGAGUGGACAACCUCUGGCCAGCCUCUGUCUGAGGGAGAAUGUUCCGGUACGGUCUGGGCCAGCGUUUUAAGAACAAGGUGUAUCUUGUAUUGCUGCCCCAGAAAGUUCAUGUAUUGUCUCUGUGGACUGGAAACAAACAAUAGUUUGAGCAUGAAGGUCUUAGUCAGGUGACUCUGGUCUAUUUGAGCUAUUUUUAUGGACCAGUGUUUUAACACAUGGCUGAAACAUCAACAGAUACCUGAGUCACACUGUAUGCAUCCCAAAUGGCACCCUCUAUUUCCUAUGUAGUGCACUACUUUUGACCAGGGCCCAUUGGGCUGUGGUCAAAAGUAGUGUACUGUAUAGGAAAUAGGGUGCCAGUUGGAGCACUUCCUGUGAUUCAGGUUCUGUCUCAGGAUCCCUAUAGAGAGACUAAACCUAAGAAUUAUGCUCAACAAUGUUAUUAGGAUUUUAAGCACUGACAACUGAGGUUGAGUGUUUGUUUUUUAAACUUGUGUGUGACCUCUGUCAGUCAAGAGUUCAAAGUUGCAUCCUUUCUUGUACUUUUUAUUCAAAAAAAAACUAAAUGGAACAGAUGGUCCAACUCAUUUUACUCCAAGUGCUAUAUUUAUACAGUACACGAAUGACUGAAGUGCUAGAGCAAUGUCAAGUUGUUGUGUAAGCAAGAGUUUGGCUAUUUUUGUGUGUCAAGCCACAUUCAUUUCUUGGACUUCAGUUGUUGUCAUAAUAUUUCCCUUUCUCCUUUUCAGUUCUGGGGAGGUUUGAGACAGUUCCCAGAUCAGCGUUCUCUCUAGCAGCAGAAGACUAUGUUGUCCUCAGCUCAGAGACAUCAGACAUGGCCAUGGAGAACCAACUCAGGACGUGUGUGUCAGGUGAGGUCACUGUGAAAAGUUGAUAUAAAAAAUAAAAAAAAUGUUACCUUUCCAUAAUAUAAGGAUGUGUCACAAAUGUCACCCGAUUCCCUGUAUAGUGUGCUACUUUUUACAACAGGCCUAUGGACACUGGUCAAAGGUCAUACACUAUACAGGGAUUCGGGUGCCAUUUCGGACGCACUACAAGUGUUUAUAUACCAAAACCACUAGUGUAAAACAUUGGUUAUGUUUGUGUCAAUCCCCAGCUUGUGCCCAGGUCCAGGCUUGUCUUUACGUUGUCCUAUACACAGAAGAAGGACAAACUCACUGUGAACUCUACAGCACCGACGCUGCUAACAUCCAGUGUGAAACCUCUGAGGAAGUAUGGACGUCCACAAUCUGUCUUUGUCUCCCACUACGCUAUGGGCUCGUCACAAAUGGCACCCUAUUUCUUAUAUAGUGCGCUAGAAAGGGUGUAGGGUACCAUUUGGGAAACAACCUAUGCUAUGUUAUUCAGUUCUACACAGUGCUUUCAUCAGGCAUCACCCACACUGCUGGCUCUGGACAACUGAUUCACACAACAGGAGAUAGAAGAGGUUCCAGGGUCAUUAGGGUUCAUCUAAUCAAAUGAGGAACAUGACUAUAAUCUCUCAGAAAUGUUGUUAUUGUAUUAUAGUAAAUUAUUCAUUCCAGAACAAAUCAACAACGAAAUUGACAUAAUAGGUUUGAUGUGUGGCGGCAGGUAGCUUAGUGGUUAAGAGCGUAGUGCCAGUAACCGAAAUGUCACUGGUUCUAAUCCCCGAGCCGACUAGGUGAAAAAUCUGUCGAUGUGCCCUUGAGCAAGGCACUUAACCCUAAUUGCUCCUGUAAGUCGCUCUGGAUAAGAGUGUCUGCUAAAUGACUAAAAAUGUAAAAAUGUAAAAUGUGUUCUAAACUGUUAGCUGUAACUGAAGUUGCAACUGCCGUUUCCAUUUGAUGUGUUAUAACUUUUUCAAGUGUCCCUUUCCUUGUGAUUCCCAGACCAAAGGGUUCCUGGGAAAUCCAGGUGCUGAUAUGUUCCAGAGCCUGAGCUGUUCUCUGAAGGUGAACGGGGCUGACAGACAGAACGUCACGGUCAUCAGGAAGAAAGGUUCAGUAUGAGCUUGCUGUCCUCUUAUAAAGUGACCACUGAAAUUCACAACGUCCAUCCACCUAUUUGCGCUCCCCUCUCUUAGCAGUCCAUGACGUCCUCUUUCUAACCCCCUCAAUAGAAUAAGGAAGUAAUCUACUGUACAAUCAGACAUGAAUCUAUUUGUUUUUUUCCUGCUUCAAAUGCAGCUGCUCUUACGGUAUAUUUCUCUACCAAACCAUGAGAAUCAGCCUCCCUCUGUGUCAUAGGUCAUGAAUUCACCACUAAGGCCCAGAAGACCUUUGAAAGGCUGAGUUUCCGUAAGGCCAGUUCUGGUGUGUACCGUACAAUGGUGUUUGCAGCUGAAGGAACCACUCUGACCGACGUCCAUAGUUUCUGUCAGGAUGAGUGUACCCGGAACACCUGCUGUGAUGGCUUCAUCCUCAACCAGAACGUUCUCAAUGGAGGUAAAAUGCUCUAGCCUGAAUGUCAAUUCCUUGUCAUGCCAAGACAUCAAUGGAGUGGACCAGAGCACAAACUGACCAAGCUAAAAAGGCUAUGCCAUAUGUGAAGACAGCAUCCAGAACCACGUUGUGUAAUGCUGCUUAGUGAGGAAGCAUAUAAUAUGCCAUUUAGCAGACGCUUUUAUCCAGGGGAUCGAACCCACUACCCUGGCGUUACAAGCGCCAUGCUCUACCAAUUGAGCUACAGAGGACCACCACUUAUAGAUGCACUUAUUGAUUUUUAGCCAAUUUCCAAUAGAUUGGAUAUUUAAGCAAUAAGGCCCGGGGGGGUGUAGUAUAUGGCCAUAUAUACCACGGCUAAGGGCUGUUCUUAGGGACGAUGCAACAUGGAGUGCCUGGACACAGCCCUUAGCCGUGGUAUAUUGGCCAUAUAUUACAAACCCCUGAGGUGCCUUAUUGCUAUUAUAAAAUGGUUACCAUCGUAAUUAGAGCAGUAAAAAUACAUAUUUUGUCAUACCCGUGUACGGUCUGAUAUACCACAGCUGUCUCUCUCUCUCUCUCUCUCUCUCUCUCUCUCUCUCUCUCUCUCUCUCUCUCUCUCUCUCUCUCUCGCUCUCUCGCUCUCUCUCUCUAUCUCUUCGUCCAGGUACCAUUAUGUGUGGUCUGCUGAGCUACCCAGACAUGUUGCUAUGCAGUGAGGCAGACUGGGACAUGUCUGGCCUGGCCAAGGCUAGCAGAAUCUGUGGGGCUGGAGUCACCUACAAUAAACUGCAGAAACAGUUCCUCUUUAACUUUGGAGGACAAGACUUCACCAUCAGUAAGGAUAUCUACCUAGACUAUUACCGUAAUAUUUAAGGACAGUUUCCCAGACACAGAUUUUAAGUCCUGGACUUAAAAGGAAGCUCAAUGAAGAAUCUCCAUUGGAGAAAAGACUAGGCAGGAAACCUGCCUGUACAGUAUAGGAUGAAUAGAUCAUCUUACUAUACUCUAUGUGGUUAUGAAGUGUUACUGUACUCUGCAACUAUGUGGUUAUAAAGUGUUACUCUACUCUGUAACUAUGUGGUUAUGAAGUGUUACUCUACUCUGUAACUAUGUGGUUAUGAAGUGUUACUCUACUCUGUAACUGUGGUUAUGAAGUGUUACUCUACUCUGUAACUGUGGUUAUGAAGUGAUUUAAUGGUCAGUAUGUUUCUCUUACAGCCGAUACAGCUCUGCCAACAUCAAGCAAGAACAAAACUGACUACCAGGCCACCAUUAUUGUGUUCCAAGGCAUUUACCUCUGGAAAGGUAUUAUACAUUUUAUUCCUUAUACAGAUGUAUAAAACAAUGUACAGUACCAGUCAGUACAAUUUUCUACUAUGAAAUAACACAAAUGGAAUCAUGUAGUAACCAAAAUAGUUUUCAACAAAUCAAAAUAUAUUUUAUAUUUCAGAUUCUUCAAAUAGCCACCCUUUGCCUUGAUGACAGCUUUGCACACUCUUGGCAUUUUCUUAACCAGCUUCAUGAGGAAUGCUUUUCCAACAGUCUUGAAGGAGUUCCCACAUAUGCUGAGCACUUGUUGGCUGCUUUUCCUUCACUCUGCGGUUCAACUCAUCCCAAACCAUCUCAAUUGGGUUGAGGUCGGGGAUUGUGGAGGCCAGGUCAUCUGAUGCAGAACUCCAUCACUCUCCUUCUUGGUCAAAUAGCCCUUACACAGCCUGGAGGUGUGUUUUGGGUCAUUGUCCUGUUGAAAAACAAAUGAUAGUCCCACUAAGCGCAAACCAGAUGGGAUGGCGUAUCGCUGCAGAACGCUGUGGUAGCCAUGCUGGUUAAGUGUGCCUUGAAUUCUAAAUAAAUCACAGACAGUGUCACCAGCAAAGCACCCCACACCAUCACACCUCCUCCUCCAUAAUUCACAGUGGGAACCACACAUGCAGAGAUAAUCCGUUCACGUACUGUCUCACAAAGACACGGCGGUUGGAACCAAAAAUCUCAAAUUUGGACUCAUCAGACCAAAGGACAGAUUUCCACCGGUCUAAUGUCCAUUGCUCGUGUUUCUUGGCCCAAGCAAGUCUCUUCUUAUUAUUGGUGUCCUUUAGUAGUGGUUUCUUUGCAGCAAUUCAACCAUGAAGGCCUGAUUCACGCAGUCUCCUCUGAACAGUUGAUGUUGAGAUGUGUCUGUUACUUGAACUCUGAAGCAUUUAUUUGGGCUGCAAUCUGAGGUACAGUUAAUUGCCGAUUUCUGAGGCUGGUAACUCUAAUGAACUUAUCCUCUGCAGCAGAGGUAACUCUGGGUCUUCCUUUCCUGUGGCGGUCGUCAUGUGAGCCAGUUUCAUCAUAGCGCUUGAUGGUUUUUGCGACUGCAGUUGAAGAAACUUUCAAAGUUCUUGAAGUUUUCCGUAUUGACUGACCUUCAUGUCUUAAAGUAAUGAUGGACUGUAGUUUCUCUUUGCUUAUUUGAGCUUUUCUUGUCAUAAUAUGGACUUGGUCUUUUACCAAAUAGGGCUAUCUUCUGUAUACCAACCCUACCUUGUCACAACACAACUGAUUGGCUCAAACGCAUUAAGAAAGAAAGAAAUUCCACAAAUUAACUUUUAAGAAGGCACACCUGUUAAUUGAAAUGCAUUCCAGGUGACUACCUCAUGAAGCUGGUUGAGAGAAUGCCAAGAGUGUGCAAAGCUGUCAUCAAUGCAAAGCGUGGCUAUUUGAAGAAUCUCAAAUAUAAAAUAUAUUUUGAUUUGUUUAACACUUUUUUGGUUACUAGAUGAUUCCAUAUGUGUUAUUUCAUGGUUUUGAUGUCUUCACUAUUAUUCUACAAUAUAGAAAAUAGUAAAAAAUUAAGAAAAACCCUUGAAUGAGUAAGUGUGUCCAAACUUUUGACUGGUACUGUACUUCUGAAUAAACAUUACUGGAUUGUCUUGACUUGUCUUGUUAUCCUUCUCACAUGCUAAAAUUAUCCAUAUUUCAGAGUCUGACAUGACCACUCGUUCCAAGACCUCCCCAGCCUGUAGCAGUGUCCUCCCACAACAAGCCCCCAAAGUCCUUCUGUCAGGUUAGUUUAGCCUUCUUAUCUCUACUAGAAUUAGGGACAAAACCUAAACUAACUUUCUGUCACAUCACAUAGAUGCAGUGAAGGAGACGUUUGUGUCCCUGGACAGCAGUGCUGUUGUUGUGGACUCUGAACGGGACAUCCCCAGCCUGCAAUACUGGAUCUUCAAACAUCAGUUCUCUGCACAGGAGGCUCAGCUGUGGUGUCUGAAACGUAGGAUAUAUCAGCUUCAUGUCUUGCCUGUUCCAAAAGCUAUUCACGUUGAAUUUCAUACACUGAACAUUGUAGUCGUUUUCCCACUACUAUCAUAUCGCCUUAAUCUUUAGCACGUCUAUAAUGUGAGUAUCAUGUGUUCGCUGUGUGUUUCAGGCUGUGAGGAGGAGGAGCUGUGUCACGUGGCUGAUGUGAGAGAUGAGAGCUCAGUGUACUUUACCUGCACACUGUACCCAGACACCCAGGUGUGUGGGGCCUACGACAAACCCCUGAGACAGGCCUGCAGCCCUGUGCUCCCCCAACAACCCCACACUGCUCACACCAAGAAGGGUGAGUCCUUAUAACUCCAGCAAGCCCACACCUCACACACCAAGGGCGGUGAGUCCACAGAGAUCCUAUUAAGGUUCUGUAAGUAAUUCUAUGGAUGAGUAUUUAUACUGUACAUAUGGGUUAAGGGAGGUUAGCCGAAGUACCCUGAAAGCAAAUUAAUGGUUAAUUUAAGAGCCUUCUAUUUAAAACAUUUAGAUAAAUUACGUCACUUUACUCAGUUAGAAAAACAGCUACGGACUUGAUAUACUACACAGGUUAUUAUCAAUCAAAAACUAUUAUCGAUCAUCUGAACAUGAAGCCCAACCAUUACUAGUGUUGUCGUCGCGUCCUUCCCCUCUACUUGAUAAUGACUGGUGAAGUUGGAAUCCCAGCAGCCUCGCUGUUUGUGAUUCUAGGCUUGUUUUGGUCUUGUUGUUCCUAGCAACAGGUCAACAGGCUGUAUAUCAGAAGUUAGGACGACUGCCACUGCUAUGCUCUGGGUGGGUCCCAAAUGGCACCCCAUUUCCUAUAUAGUGUACUACUUUUGACCAGAUCCCUAUGGGGCCUAAUCAAAAGUAGUGCACUUUAAAGGGAAUAGGGUGCCAUUUGAGACAGACUCUGUCUCUUAGAAGAGGGAACAGAGAGGAUGUUGUUAGAUCGGGGAGAUCACGCCUUUGAUCGAGAGAGAAAAAAGUCCUUAUUUAGGUUGCAUCCCAAAUGGCACCCUAUUCCCUAUAUAAUGCACUACUUUUGACCUGGGCUCAUAUGGCUCUCAUUAAAACUACUGCAUUAUGUACGGAAUAGAUUGCCAUUUGGGACACAGGCUUACACUUGAGCAGCUCUGCGGUUGAGAAAGUAGACCUGUGAGUAAUGACGGUAUCGUGAUCCUGCUCGGGCUCAAACGACAGCAGGCUGCCUUUCCAAGGUUACACAAACCAGGUUGUCCAUUUAGUUGCUGUUGAAAGGAACCACUCUUCUCUGUUGAGGGUACUGUCUCUUGCUGUUAUCUCUCAACUUGUGUGAAUUGGCAAGUUGACAAAAUACAGUUUUUAAGGUUUCCUGUCUGUGUUUAUGUGCAUAAUGCAUACCACUAACAGAGCAGCACCGACUUCUUCAGAAUUCUCUGUAUGUUUAGUAUGUUGUGCCGUAAGUGAGUCAUCUGUGUCAGACGCUGUGAUUCAAAUGGCACCCUAUUCCCUAUGUAGUGCACUACUUUGGACCAGAGCCCUGUGGCCAUUUGGGACACAUCCGAUGGUCCUACUGGUGGCCACAGGUAACCUGAGUGCACCGUUAAGUUAAAUACAGCCAUCAUAUAAUUGGCAUAUACAUUACUCUUACUGAAUUUCCACGUGGGCGAGGAUAUUGGAAAUUUAAUCAAAGCCUAUUGGAUGAUAAUUUAUUUUUAACUAGGACAAAGGAGUUUAUAACUGACUUUUUCCAACAUAACAUAGGUACAGCAAAUCCUCUUAUUGUAUGGGACGCCUUUAAAUGUGCCUUUAGAGGCCAUGCAAUUCAGUACUCAUCUCGAAAACAAAAGCAAUUUAGGUCAAAAGAGUCCAUACUAACAAAAUAAAUAGAAAGUCUAACAGAACAGAUAGAUGGCAAUAAAAACUGUAACAUAGAGGCUCAGAAUAAAUUAGAGGAAAAACAAAAAGAAAUGGAGAAACUUAUUCAAGAAAGAUCAAGUGUAAUAUACACUGCUCAAAAAAAUAAAGGGAACACUAAAAUAACACAUCCUAGAUCUGAAUGAAUGAAAUAAUCUUAUUAAAUACUUUUUUCUUUACAUAGUUGAAUGUGCUGACAACAAAAUCACACAAAAAUGAUCAAUGGAAAUCAAAUUUAUCAACCCAUGGAGGUCUGGAUUUGGAGUCACCCUCAAAAUUAAAGUGGAAAACCACACUACAAGCUGAUCCAACUUUGAUGUAAUGUCCUUAAAACAAGUCAAAAUGAGGCUCAGUAGUGUGUGUGGCCUCCACGUGCCUGUAUGACCUCCCUACAACGCCUGGGCAUGCUCCUGAUGAGGUGGCGGAUGGUCUCCUGAGGGAUCUCCUCCCAGACCUGGACUAAAGCAUCCGCCAACUCCUGGACAGUCUGUGGUGCAACGUGGCGUUGGUGGAUGGAGUGAGACAUGAUGUCCCAGAUGUGCUCAAUUGGAUUCAGGUCUGGGGAACGGGCGGGCCAGUCCAUAGCAUCAAUGCCUUCCUCUUGCAGGAACUGCUGACACACUCCAGCCACAUGAGGUCUAGCAUUGUCUCGCAUUAGGAGGAACCCAGGGCCAACCGCACCAGCAUAUGGUCUCACAAGGGGUCUGAGGAUCUCAUCUCGGUACCUAAUGGCAGUCAGGCUACCUCUGGCGAGCACAUGGAGGGCUGUGCGGCCCCCCAAAGAAAUGCCACCCCACACCAUGACUGACCCACCGCCAAACCGGUCAUGCUGGAGGAUGUUGCAGGCAGCAGAACGUUCUCCACGGCGUCUCCAGACUCUGUCUCGUCUGUCACAUGUGCUCCGUGUGAACCUGCUUUCAUCUGUGAAGAGCACAGUGCGCCAGUGGCAAAUUUGCCAAUCUUGGUGUUCUCUGGCAAAUGCCAAACGUCCUGCACGGUGUUGGGCUGUAAGCACAACCCCCACCUGUGGACGUCGGGCCCUCAUACCUCCCUCAUGGAGUCUGUUUCUGACUGUUUGAGCAGACACAUGCACAUUUGUGGCCUGCUGGAGGUCAUUUUGCAGGGCUCUGGCAGUGCUCCUCCUGCUCCUCCUUGCACAAAGGCGGAGAUAGCGGUCCUGCUGCUGGGUUGUUGCCCUCCUACGGCCUCCUUCACGUCUCCUGAUGUACUGGCCUGUCUCCUGGUAGCGCCUCCAUGCUCUGGACACUACGCUGACAGACACAGCAAACCUUCGUGCCACAGCUCGCAUUGAUGUGCCAUCCUGGAUGAGCUGCACUACCUGAGCCACUUGUGUGGGUUGUAGACUCCGUCUCAUGCUACCACUAGAGUGAAAGCACCGCCAGCAUUCAAAAGUGACCAAAACAUCAGCCAGGAAGCAUAGGAACUGAGAAGUGGUCUGUGGUCACCACCUGCAAAACCAGUCCUUUAUUGGGGGUGUCUUGCUAAUUGCCUAUAAUUUUCACCUGCUGUCUAUUCCAUUAGCACAACAGCAUGUGAAAUGUAUUGUCAAUCAGUGUUGCUUCCUAAGUGGACAGUUUGAUUUCACAGAAGUGUGAUUGACUUGGAGUUACAUUGUGUUGUUUAAGUGUUCCCUUUAUUUUUUUGAGCAGUGUAUUAUAAAAAUAAAGCAAACUGGAUGGAAUAUGGGGAAAAAUGCACCAAAUUCUUUUUUAAUCUUCAACAUAGGAAUGCUACGAAAAAUAAUUUAAUGAAACUGGUUACAAUUGUUACCCAUGAUUCAGCAAAUUAUAUUUUGAAGGAGGAAACUAAGUACUUUAAGCAUAUGUUUUUGUUUCAGUCGCCUCCAUCUCCUCUAACUGAAGCUAAUUGUAGAGAUUUUUUUUCUAUUGAUAAUGUAAAAUUAACAGCCAUACAGUGAAGGUGAAAUUACAGAGGAGGAACUUCUGGAUGCAAUUAAAGACUUUAAGUCCGGGAAAACUCCAGGGUUGGAUGGCAUACCAGUCGACGUAUACCAAACCUUUUUAGAUAUACUAAGAGGACCGUUAUUAGCAUGUUUUAACCACUCCUAUGUAAAUUAUAGAUUAUCUGACACUCAAGAAGAAGGUCUGAUCUCAUUAUUACUGAAACAGGAUACAAGUGGAAAAUAUAAAGAUCCAGUCCAUUUUAGAAAUUGGAGGCCCCUUACACUUCAGUGUUGUGAUGCAAAAAUUCUAGCAAAAUGUAUAGCGCAUAGAAUUAAAAAGGUAUUGUCGGAUAUUAUUCAUUCUAAUCAGACAGGUUUUUUACAUGGAAGAUACAUUGGAGAUAAUAUAAGGCAAGUAUUGGAAACAAUAGAACACUAUGGAAAAUCUAAUAGUAAAUAAUGGUAAUUUCUCAAAGUUUUAAACUGUCAAGAGGAGUGAAACAAGGUUGCCCACUAUCGGCAUAUCUAUUUAUUGUGGCCAUCGAGAUGUUAGCUAUUAAAAUCAGAUCCAACAAUAAUAUCAGGGGAUUAGAAAUCCAGGGUUUAAAAACAAAGGUGUCAUUGUACGCUGAUUAUUCAUGUUUUCUUUUAAAUCCACAACUAGAAUCCCUCCACAGCCUCAUAGAGGAUCUAGAUACAUUUUCUAACCUCUCUGGAUUACAACCAAAUUAUGACAAAUGUACUAUAUUACGUAUUGGAUCACUAAAAAAUACAAUUUUUACAUUACCAUGUAGUUUACCAAUAAAAUGGUCUGAUGGUGAUGUGGAUAUACUCUGAAUACAUAUCCCAAAGGAAAUAAAUGAUCUCACUUCAAUACAUUUUAAUAGAAAGUUAGCAAAAAUAGAAAAGGUCUUGCUACCAUGGAAAGGUAAAUACCUGUCAAUUUGUGGAAAAAUCACCCUGAUUAACUCUUUAGUAUUAUCCCAGUUUACCUAUUUGCUUAUGGUCUUGCCUACGCCUAGCGAACAGUUUUUUAAAUUAUAUCUAAAAAAAAUAUUCCAUUUUAUUUGGAACGGCAAGCCAGACAAAAUUAAACGGGCCUAUUUAUAUAAUGAAUAUGAAUUCGGAGGACAGAAAUUAUUAAAUAUUAAAGCAUUAGACCUAUCACUAAAAGCUUCAGUCAUACAAAAGUUAUACUUAAAUCCGAACUGGUUCUCUAGCAAAUUAGUAAGAUUGUCUCACCCAAUGUUCAAGAAUGGCCUUUUUCCCUUUAUUCAGGUUACAACCUCUCACUUUCAGUUAUUUGAAAAGGAAAUAAUCUCCCAAAUAUCACUAUUUCUAAAACAAGCCAUAGAAAUUUGGUUGCAAUUUCAAUUUAAUUCUCCAGAAACUACAGAACAAAUAAUGCAACAAAUAUUGUGGUUAAACUCAAAUAUACUAAUUGACAAAAAAACUUUUUUUUUUUACAAAAUGUUUACAAAAGGUAUAAUCUUCGUAAAUGAUAUCAUCGGUAGGACUGGUGGAGUUAUGUCGCACAUGCAGCUAACAAAAACAUAUGGAAAUGUCUGCUCUACCCAAAAUUACAACCAAAUAAUUGCAGCCUUACCGCAAAAAUGGAAGAGAAAAGUGGAAGGGGGAGAAAGUAAGGAACUUGUCUGUCGGCCUUGCAUUAAAGAACAUAAUUGGUUAAGGAAAACUGUGAUAAAUAAAAAAAGUAUACCAGUUUCAUUUAAGGACCAACGGAUUGACAGCAGUCCCAUAUAGAUUGCAAAAUAGUUGGGAAGACAUUUUUGACGUACCGAUCCCAUGGCAUAGUGUUUAUGAACUGAUACGCAAAACGACACCGGAUUCAAAACUUAGAAUCUUUCAAUUGAAAUUAUUAUAUAAAAUUCUUGCUCCCAAUAUAAUGUUAUUUAUAUGGGGGAUACAAUCUUCCCAGCUCUGCAGAUUUUGCUGUGAAGAGACAAAAUCAUUAGAUCAUUUGUUUUGGUACUGUCCAUUUGUAGCUUUUUUUUGGACACAGGUCCAGGAAUGGCUAAAGGAUUGCAAUAUUUACCUGGAGCUAACCUUGCAGAUAGCAUUACUGGGUGAUCUGAAAAGUCAUAGUCAAUCGAUCAAUAAUAUAAUAAUACUUUUAGCAAAAAUGUUUAUUUUCAAUUUACAAUCUGUAGAAACAAUGAGAAUAGAAAGGUUCAGCAUUUUUGUAAAACAUCACAGUACAGUUGAAAAAUAUAUGGCAAAUAGAAAUCCUAUAUGGAUAGUGUUAAGAGAUAGAUGGGAGUUGUUGAAUGGAGUUGAAGGAUGGGACUAAUAACAACUAACAACAAAUAAUAACAAGAUAACUAAUAAUGUAAGCAUACUGUGUCCAUAAUAAACAAUAAGUAUAUAGGUUGUAGGUUGGGAGCUUUUGUGAAAGAGCACAGUUAGAAAGAUAUGCAUAUAGAAGCAAACCGGAUGGACAUCAUGAAAAUGAUCGGAGAGGUUGAGAGUAGAAGAAGUUCAGGAGAAAAAACAAACAAAAUAUAAUUAUUGUAAAAUUGACUGUGUCCAUAAAAUGUAGAUAGUAAUUAUAAGCUGGAAGUAGAGGCCUAAGCAUUGUUGUUCACUAGUUUACUCCAAGUAGGGAAAGGGUGGUGGGGUUGGAAAGUAAUAAAUGGGAAUAUAUAUUUUUUAAAGGAUAUGUAUGUGUAUGUAUGUACAGUGGGGAGAACAAGUAUUUGAUACACUGCCGAUUUUGCAGGUUUUCCUACUUACAAAGCAUGUAGAGGUCUGUAAUUUUUAUCAUAGGUACACUUCAACUGUGAGAGAUGGAAUCUAAAGAUACAUCUAAAAAAUCUGUCUAUCAUAGAGCUUCUCUACAGGUCUGUAUGUAUCAUCAUAGAGCUUCUCUACAGGUCUGUAUAUCAUAGAGCUUCUCUACAGGUCUGUCUGUAUCGUCAUAGAGCUCUAGCCACUCUGACAGUAGAACAUUAUGUAACACUGCUGCUGUCCUUCCACAGCCCAGUAACUAACUCUACCCAGACUGACACAGUGGAUUACACUCCACACUCCAGUCCAGAGCACUAAUCCAGUCCAGUGUCAUUUUUUCCCUCCAAGACAACUUUGAAAACAUUUCCAAGUCUAAACACAAGCAGUGAAGAGACGAACAGAUGCUUGAGAGACUGGUGACUAGUUCCAGGCAUACAAAUGUCUUAUUUUUCUAAGCCUAGGUAGUUUUAUUUUAUAUCUCCGUAAUGAGAUGAUGAAUCACCUCUGACAGGAGUCUAGACUUACCCCAUCACUAGAGCCACAGAUGGGAGGGGGAGGAGAGGUGGGGAUAAUGCAUAAUGAUAUAAUAAUACUCUCACUUCUCUCUCACUCUGAGGUGAGUCUGCCGCCGGUGUACUGGAGUCAUUUAUAGGUGCAGACCAGAUGGAAAAUGAAAGAAAACAAUCCACUUGGUUUGAGGGAAAUGAUUUGCUACCUGUCACAUGUAGUCUCUUAGCCAUGGCAGUGAAGACUUUAUCAAGUCAAGAUCACAUAAUAUUAGCACAAGUGUCCCCAACUCAUCCCGUUUAACAGCAACCUGUUGUCUGUUGUUAUGAGAGAUGUUGUACGUAUAGAAAAUGCCCAUCGGACCAAAAUGCUCGGCCUUAUGGGUCAGUAACAUAUUGUCCAAAACUGUGCUUCCCUCUCUAUAAACUCUCUUCCAAGCAGACAGCUAGCUACGUCUCUCCUUGAUUUGCUCAUACGUGUAAGUGUCAUUAAACCCUCAUUUCCUCUCAUUAAAGGGUUCUGGGCUGUUGACAUCUGAAGUGUUCAGACAGGAACAGGGCUCUCUCUGGUACAUCCUGUACUUCAAGGCUACAGCCAGAUUCACUCAGACCCAGUAACCCUGGCCAGCGUACUGUUCUGUAGCCCAGUCAUAAUGAAUCAUACUGGUAAGGUAAACAUUGAGCUCAGUUAGACAGAGUCCAGUCAGGCAAAGGGUACGAUGUUGUUCUUUCUGUUGGUGGAAGGUGCUAUGUUGCAGCUUCAGAUCACUGGUAGGUGCUUGGUCUGUAUGUCAUAGUGUGGUGCUGAAGUGGUUGUUAAACUUAUCCCACUACCAUAUUAUUUGCCAGAAUAAUACAUUAGCCUCUAAAACUUCUUCAACUUAUCCUACUACCAUAUUAUUUGCCAGAAUAAUACAUUAGCCUCUAAAACUUCUUAAACGUAUCCCACUACCAUAUUAUUUGCCAGAAUAAUACAUUAGCCUCUAAAACUUGUUCAACUUAUCUCCAUUAAAACAGCUGAAGCAAGCACACACAUUUUCUCUCCUGAUAAAUGACAUUUUCUAUUAUUUCAGCAGCUUAUUUGUGUUGUUCUGUGUGUCUGAUGUGUUUUAACAGUUGAUCUGACUGGAAGUGUGGAGAGUUUCUACAGCCGUGUUCCCUUUAAGAAGAUGGUGUCUUAUUCCGUCCGUAGCCGUGUCAACCUGAGUGCCAAGCCUAUCACUGAGGGGUAAGAGGCCUUAAGUCAGUGUUACCUGGGUCCCACUGGUUCUGGGGGUAAGAGGCCUUAGGGCAGUGUUACCUGGGUCCCACUGGUUCUGGGGGUAAGAGGCUUUAGGGCAGUGUUACCUGGGUGCCACUGGUUCUGGGGGUAAGAGGCCUUAGGUCAGUGUUACCUGGGUCCCACUGGUUCUGGGGGUAAGAGGCCUUAGGGCAGUGUUACCUGGGUCCCACUGGUUCUGGGGGUAAGAGGCUUUAGGGCAGUGUUACCUGGGUGCCACUGGUUCUGGGGGUAAAAGGCCUUAGGUCAGUGUUACCUGGGUCCCACUGGUUCUGGGGGUAAGAGGUCUUAGGGCAGUGUUACCUGGGUCCCACUGGUUCUGGGGGUAAGAGGUCUUAGGGCAGUGUUACCUGGGUGCCACUGUUUCUGGGGGUAAGAGGCCUUAAGUCAGUGUUACCUGGGUCCCACUGGUUCUGGGGGUAAGAGGCCUUAGGGCAGUGUUACCUGGGUCCCACUGGUUCUGGGGGUAAGAGGCCUUAGGGCAGUGUUACCUGGGUGCCACUGGUUCUGCUCUCAGUACCACCACCACCCCCAAUAAAACAUAUUUCACAGAAAUCUUCUUCAGGAAAUAUUUUUUUUACUGCAUGAGUAGUAGGAUAAUAACAUUAAAGUCUUUAUCAAUUCCUGUUUUGUUUCCCCCAAAAAAACAGUGUUUGCUUUGUGUUUGUAACAGGUUCCGGGAAUGUGAGCGGAGAUGUGAUGAAGACCCGUGUUGCCGUGGAAUCGGAUACGUCAGGGACACCCAAUCACCUGGUCAGUUGUUAUUUCAGUCAAGAUAUUCACUGAGAUGUUUUUACAUUGCUGACAAAUGCUCCGAAAUUCGAAGUUCAAGGGGCAAGAGAGAAGAGGGAAACAAUCACAAUUUAACUCCAAAGUCCAAAGGAGACACAAAUAUUACCUCUGAAGUGUGUGUGUGUGUGUGCUCUCUCCAUCCAGGAUCAGACAUUCUCUGCUUGACUCUGAACAGCUUUGGCAUCCAGACGUGUGGUGAAGGUGAGAGGACAACCUGGAGGGUCCAGGACUGCACCCCCUCCAAAGUAGAAACCGGGGUGUAUCCGCUCGGCUGGUACGAGAAACCAGGUGUGUAUAUAUCUGAGGAUAAGUAGGUACAGGGUGGAUCCCAAAUGACACCCUAUUCCCUAUGGGUCCUGUUCAAAAGUAGUGCACUAUAGAGGGAAUAGUGUGCCGUUUGGAACUCAACCACAUUUAGGGUAGCUUACUCAGUGAGUAGGCAUGAAACACAUCUGGGCAACAUCUUGAAUUGUCUCUUACUUUUAUGUUUGAUGUCUUAAUGUUACUUUCACUUCUGGAAAUAGUGAACCGCACCUUUGCCCUGGUUACAAUCUGUGUGUCCCGUAUGGCACCUUCUCUGUAUAGUGCACUACCUUUGACCAGAGCCCGUUGGGGGAGUAGUGUGCCCUUUGAGACGCUGCUCGCUGAUUUAAGCAGAUAAAUGUGUUAUUAUGCUUCAGCUGUUGACCUCAUUUUGUGGUUUCUAUUUUGUCACCUGGUAAGGAUUGCAGAGACUAGAAAUUGUUCUUACCUUUUUGAGAAAUUCUUAGACUCUGUGGUAAUUUUUGUGUUCUUACGAGUCCGUUUAUAGCUAACACAUUUGUUUCUGUUUUAAAUGGCACCCUAUCUCUAUUUCGUCCACUAGGGUGCCAUUUGAGGCAGGACCGUGAUAAAUAUUUACUGCAGUUGGUGUUGCAGAGUCACAUGAUCUAGCAGACACAUUUACUGGCCAAGUUGUUUUCUUAUCAUUAAGGAAUUAAUUACGUAAUGAGUCAAAUGUUUCCAUUGUUCCCCCUUCCCCUCAGUGAAUCAGUGGACUAAAUCUCCACGAUUGUGCCCCCGUUUCGAACUACGUCUUCCUUCAAAGAAUGGUAAGAGUGCAGUUACUAAACUAAAGAGCAGCUACUAACCUGAAGAAUAUUUCACCUCAGGAAUUUAGAUGAAAUGUACUAAUACAUCACACUGUUAGUUUUAUACGUCAGCUACAAUAAACAGACAAGUGUGUUUAUUCCUGCUGGAGUCCUUCUGUAACUGGCUGAAUAGAACACGUCAGCCUUUCUGUCUUUGGAUGCGUCCCAAAUGGCACCCUAUUCCCUAUAUAGUGCGCUACUUUUGACCAGGGCCCAUGUGGCUCUUUUGAAAAAAUAGUGCAUUAUGGGGAAUUGGGGUGCUAUUUGGGCGACAACCCAUUUCACAUUUGUGUGUGUUCAAAGGGAACCCCCCCUCCCAUCAAUGAGACAAACUUACAUGGUUAUUUUGUGAGCUUUCAUUGUGCUGACGCGCUUAAAUGUUUACAAGCCACAGUGUUUUCCACUUAGCCUUUAGUUAGACACACUUCCUCCAUAGCCCCCAGUAGCUAUAAACCUGGCCAUUAGACAAAGGAGAGGCUGUCUCCAAACUGCUCCAGUACAGGCUUUCAACUGCUCUCAUUAGUAUCUAGUACACAAGAAUUGUGUAAUUGAAUGUUUAGAGAGCUCUGUCAUUUUGGCAUUAAAAUACAUUUCAAUGGCUGCAUCCCAAAUAUGGCACCCUUUUCCUUAUGUAGGACACUACUUUUGAACAGAGCACUAUGGGCCCUGGUCAAAAGUAGAGCACUAAAUAGGGAAUAGGAUGCUGUUUGAGACGUAGGCAAUGUGUUAAAUGCAUCCCCUGCUGAUAAAGAUGUGUGUGUCUCUGCCAGUGAGUUUGAGUGAGUGGAGACUCCUGGAUGCGUCCUCUACUCUGGUGGAUUCAUCUGUCUCCACGUUUGACAUUAUUCACAUCAGUAAAGACAUCGCUGAGGACCUGGACAGGACCAGAGACUGGUGUCUGUCUGGUGAGAAACAUCUUCAUCAUGUGCCAGAGUCUGGUCUAACGGUCAAAGCCCCCAACUCAGGACCACACAUGCCCCCUGGCAAGAGGGGUUUAAGCUCCUCCUCGGUCUCUCCUGUCUGUGCCCCUCAUCUGUGCCCCAAUCAUUGUAUCUACCUCUCUCUACUCUCCUCCUAUCCUGUCAGUUAAACUGUGUCUGUGUGUCUCCCCUCAGCGUGUGAGGAGGCUGAGUCCUGUGCUGUGGUGUCAGUGGAGCGGACCGACUCGGCUGUCCGCUGUGUCCUCUACCCAGACACCCUGGCCUGUGCCCCCUCCACUUCCACCCCCACUGGAGGUCAGGACUGUCGGCUGGUCAUCAGAGAGUCAGCUCUCCAGGUCUACCUCCACAAAGGUGGGCAACAUCCCUGAUCCCUGACCCUGGCUCACUAUACAUCCCUGACCCCUGACCCUGGCUCACUAUACAUCCCAGACCCCUGACCCUGGCUCACUAUACAUCCCUGACCCUGGCUCACUAUACAUCCCUGACCCCUGACCCUGGCUCACUAUACAUCCCUGACCCCGGCUCACUAUACAUCCCUGACCCCUGACCCUGGCUCAUUAUACAUCCUUGACCCCUGACCCUGGCUCACUAUACAUCCCAGACCCCUGACCCUGGCUCACUAUACAUCCCUGACCCCUGACCCUGGCUCACUAUACAUCCCUGACCCCUGACCCUGAUCACUAUACAUCCCUGACCCCGGCUCACUAUACAUCCCUGACCCCUGACCCUGGCUCACUAUACAUCCCUGACCCUGACCCUGGCUCACUAUACAUCCCUGACCCCUGACCCUGGGUCACUUUCUGUAUGCCCUCUCUCAUAGAAUAUAUUCUCAGUCAAUUUAGCUGGUAAAGGACUAAUGGCUAAAUAGAAAGACAUGUCUUUACCUGCUCUAGACACAGAGAGUUCUGAAAGACAUGUCUUUACCUGCUCUAGAUGCAGAGAGUUCUGAAAGACAUGUCUUUACCUGCUCUAGACGCAGAGAGUUCUGAAAGACAUGUCUUUACCUGCUCUAGACGCAGAGAGUUCUGAAAGACAUGUCUUUACCUGCUCUAGACACAGAGAGUUCUGAAAGACAUGUCUUUACCUGCUCUAGACACAGAGAGUUCUGAUGACUGCUGCUAAUGUGUCUAGUGUUUGAAGAAAUAGAGAUAUUUAUUGGUGGAUUAGGCAAUCACUGCAGCCUAGUUAUUGUAAUGAUCAUUAUUAUUAUAAAUCAUUAUUUAUCUUCCAAGAGGUGCUGAAGGAGUUUUACAGCUGGGUGAUUCCAGUGCAGACAGUGUCUCCAUCCCAAAUGUCACCCUGUUCCCUUUAUAGUGCACUACGUUUGACCAGGGCCCAUAGUUGUCAGUGUCAGUCCAGGCUUCCCUCUGACUGAUGGUUAUUUAUUCUGUGGGAUCCAGAACUGAAGGCAGAGUUGACGUCAGUGUUUAUCCCGGCUCACGGAACGCUCCAGGGAGAGGCCGGGACAACGCCGCUCGGGUCAGACAGGAAGACAGUCAGACAGUUCUUGGGAGUUCCGUACGCUCGUCCACCUAUGAGAGCGCUCCGUUUCGCCCCCCCACAGCCUGCUGAAUGGAGUGGCACAUGGAACGCCACGAUUACCAGGUAAACAAUGACUGUGGAGGUAGAAAUGUUUUAAAGAUGCGUUAUAAAGGUUUUCUAUAAUUUCCUCCAAUAGUUUUGAAAGUAGCGUUCACGAGCCAAAACGGGUCCCCGAAAAUUCUAUGAUAUGUUACAUCCUGCAACAAGAUAAAAAUACAUAUUUGCAGUGUGCUUUGUAUUCUAUAUAAGCCUCAUGACCCAUAUCAAGUUUUAUUUUAGAUGUUUUUUCCAUAUGUGUGUGUGUGUGUCUUAUAAUAUUUGUAUGUCUGUCUGCCUGUCUGUCUGUGAGUGUUUGUCUGUUAGUUACAUUUUUGCACCACAUGCAGUGUGUUAAUGUCUCCUAUAAUCUUGUUGUUGUGGAUGUUUCCCAUGGCAGACCCAGUUGUCUGCAGCCUGGAGCUGUAGCGUCAUCAGCCACCAGUGAGGACUGUCUGUACCUCAACAUCUUCGUCCCCAGUGGCAUCGUAAGUCACAUUGUACCUAAUAGAGAACUUUGUUGCACUAGAAGCCCUGUUGACCUCUCCUUUACUAAACCUUAGACACCUCAAACACCACUACACUGCUGGUCCCUCAGAUUGACCAUCUAGACACCUCAAACACCACUACACUGCUGGUCCCUCAGAUUGACCAUUGGUCUGCCAUGUCAUUCCUGUUCUUGUAUUUCCCUCUGACAGAGAGGGAGUGCAGCGGUCCUGGUGUUCUUCCAUAACCCGUCUGGAGCAGCCAGCCAUGACACACCAUCUCUACUGGACGGCUCCUACCUGGCUGCCGUCGGCAACAUCGUCGUGGUUACCGUCAACACCAGGGUUUCAGCAUUCGGAUUCCUCAGCACAGGUGCUCCCCUUAACACACGUCAGUAGCAGCAUUUAAUGAGCUUAUAGGUUAUAUGCUUUCAAAAGUCACGAGUGCUGCCUUCUAAAGCUGAACUCACAAUUCGAUCUGAGAGUGCUGCUGAAAUGGCAUUGCACUGUUGAAAUAAGUUAAUGUUAAAGUAGUAGGAAGAUAGUGGAAAUGAAGUUAGAAUCAGGUCAUGAUGAAUGUUAAGGGGAGAGGAUGACAUCAUGUUUACUGUUGGUAUUCUGCUGCUGUGGUGGGCUUAGAGGGGCCGGAGGGGGAGAGAGAGAGGGGGAGAGAGAGAGGGGGAGAGAGAGGGGGGGAGAGAGAGAGGGAGGGAGAGAGCGAGGAGAGGGAGGGAGGGAGGGAGAGAGAGAGAAAAAAUAUCUGCUGAUGGUGUGUUCUGUGCUGAUGUGGCACUGAGAGGGAGGAGUGACACUCUCUCUCUCGCCAAAGUCAGCCAGCCGCAGCACGCAGCUGGCACACUCAGAGACAUGUGGAAGGACUGUGUGUGUGUGUUCAAGUUUCAACUUUAUUAUCCUAGACGGCACUUUCUGUUUUAAUGUAUGAUGUAUAGUCUUGGUGAUAGGAGCCCUCAGCUAGCAAUUCUAUAAGACCCUGCAACACAGCAACACCUACUAAACUACUGGUCCCACUCAGCUAGCAACUCUAGAAAACACAGCAACACCUACUAAAGCACUGGUCCCCCUCAGCUAGCAACUCUAGAAAACACAGCAACACCUACUAAACCACUGGUCCCUCCCAGACAGUUCUUCUAUAAAGCCCUGCAACACAGCAACACCUACUUACUAAAGCACUGGUCCCAGAUAUCUCUCCAAACUCCAAUCAAAUCUAAUCAAAUUGUAUUUGUCACAUGCGCCGAAUACAACAGGUGUAGACCUUACAGUGAAAUGCUUACUUACAAGCCUUUAACCAACAAUGCAGUUUUAAGAAAGAAUAAUAAAAAAUAAAAAAAAGACUUUGGAAUGUUGUAAGCUUUGUGUUUGCUGUUGCUGAAUGUAUUCACGUUUGUCCAUUCGUUUCUUGGUCCAUUUUGAGUGGGUAAUUAGUGGCUUUUGGACCCCAAUUGGAAUAAAAAGAUGUUGUUUGUAUAUUUUGGAAAUGAUGUAGACAAUAACACCAAGUCAUAACCAAAGACCAUAUUACGUUAUAUACGUUUAUCUCUUGAAUGGACUUUACUCCUGAAACUGUAGAUGAAAUAACAGCAAUGUGAACUCUGAAUGCCUCUAGGCUCCACAGCCCUGCCAGGCAACGCUGGUCUCCAGGACCAGGUAGCAGCUCUGAAGUGGGUCCAGGAGAACAUUGAGGCGUUCGGAGGUGACCCCAGGCUGGUGACGGUGGGGGCAGAGCGGAGCGGAGCCGAUGUGGCCAGCCUACAUCUGACCUCUCCCUCCUCACGUGGUCUCUUCAACAGGAUGCUGCUCAUGGUAAGCUGACCUGUGACCCUGAUCCUCACUGACCUUUACUAAGAGUCCCAAAUGGCACCCUAUUCCCUAUAUAGUGUACUGCUUUUGACCAGAGCCCUAUCAAAAGUAGUGCACUCUAUGGGAAAUAGGGCUAUUUUGGAUGUGUUACUAAGCCGUUAUGUGUAAGUAAUGUUAUUACAGUAACGGUCUUAACCAUUCCAUCUGUUUAUAACUAGUUUAGGGUGUCAAACAGUAACACCCUUGUGUUAAUGGUACGAAUGUCACUGAUCAUGCAGUGUGACAGCCAUCACAGUUUUCUUCUACGUUCACGGUAUAGUCCAGUAGGGUAUGUCCUCUCUAUACAGCAGGGUAUGUCCUCUCUAUACAGCAGGAUAUGUCCUCUCUAUACAGCAGGAUAUGUCCUCUCUAUACAGCAGGAUAUCCUCGGGUAAGUUACUCUCUAUACAGCAGGAUAUGUCCUCUCUAUACGCAGGAUAUGUCCUCUCUAUACAGCAGGAUAUGUCCUCUCUAUACAGCAGGAUAUGUCCUCUCUAUACAGCAGGAUAUGCCCUCUCUAUACAGCUGGAUAUGUCCUCUCUAUACAGCAGGAUAUGUCCUCUCUAUACAGCAGGAUAUGUCCUCUCUAUACAGCUGGAUAUGUCCUCUCUAUACAGUAGGAUAUGCCCUCUCUAUACAGCAGGAUAUGUCCUCUCUAUACAGCAGGAUAUGUCCUCUCUAUACAGCUGGAUAUGUCCCUCUCUAUACAGCAGGAUAUGUCCUCUCAUAUACAGCAGGAUUCCCUCUUCCGCAGGAUAUGUCCUCUCUAUACAGCAGGAUAUGUCCUCUCUAUACAGCAGGAUAUGUCCUCUCUAUACAGCAGGAUAUGCCCUCUCUAUACAGCAGGAUAUGUCCUCUCUAUACAGCUGGAUAUGUCCUCUCUAUACAGCUGGAUAUGUCCUCUCUAUACAGCAGGAUAUGUCCUCUCUAUACAGCAGGAUAUGUCCUCUCUAUACAGCAGGAUAUGUCCUCUCUAUACAGCAGGAUAUGUCCUCUCUAUACAGCAGGAUAUGUCCUCUCUAUACAGCAGGAUAUGUCCUCUCUAUACAGCAGGAUAUGUCCUCUCUAUACAGCAGGAUAUGCCCUCUCUAUACAGCAGGAUAUGUCCUCUCUAUACAGCAGGAUAUGUCCUCUCUAUACAGCAGGAUAUGUCCUCUCUAUACAGCAGGAUAUGUCCUCUCUAUACAGCAGGAUAUGUCCUCUCUAUACAGCAGGAUAUGUCCUCUCUAUACAGCAGGAUAUGUCCUCUCUAUGCAGCUGGAUAUGUCCUCUCUAUGCAGCAGGAUUUGUGUCCAUACAUUAAGCCCAUAUCCAGUCUUAAGAGUUCAGAUGGAUGGCUUGUGCGUACUCCCCCUCCUCUUCCAGUGCUGUAGUGCUGAGUCCGUGACCGGGAGGCACACACACAGUGUUCCUCGUCUUCCUCCUCCUCCAGCUGCUCAUCUUCCUCUCCUUCCUCAUGUCCCCCAGAGACAUGUAGGAGGAGACUGUGUUCCGCAAGCCAAAGCUGAGCAUAGAGUCUCUGUUGCCAGGGUAACGAUGAGGCUGGUCUGUCAGCUCCGAGCUGGGGUUAGAAUAGAUGUGAUGCAGCGUUAGUAUAUGGAGUUAGCCUGUUAUCUAUCCCUGAUAAAGUACAUUGAAAGCUAAACUCCAAACUAAGCUCAAACCAUAUGUAAUUGUCAGAAUCCAUGAAACUCCCAGAGAGGGGUGGUGACAGAUACAGAUGGAUGGAGAGAAACAAGGUUGGAGAGAGAGGGAUGAAAUUUGGAGACAGAGAGAUGAAGGUUGGAGAGAGAGGGAUGAAGGUGUUAACCAUUGGAUGGAGAGAAACAAGGUUGGAGAGAGAGGGAUGAAGUUUGGAGACAGAGAAAUUAAGGUUGGAGGGAGAGAGGGAUGAAGGUUGGAGAGAGGGAUGAAGGUAGAGAGAGAGGGAUGAAGGUGAGAAGAGAGAUGAAGGUGGAGAGAGAGGGAUAAAGAUUGGAGAGAGGGAUGAAGGUAGAGAGAGAGGGAUGAAGGUGGAGAGAGAGGGAUGAAGGUAGAGAGAGAGGGAUGAAAGUGGAGAGAGAGGGAUGAAGGUGGAGAGAGAGAGAUGAAGGUGGAGAGAGAGAGAUGAAGGUGGAGAGAGAGAGCUGAAAGUUGGAGAGAGAGCUGAAGAUUGAAGAGAGAGGGAUAAAGGUUGGCGAGCGAGGGAUGAAAGUGUGAGAGAGGGAUGAAGGUUGGAGAGGGAUGAAGGUUGGAGAGGGAUGAAGGUUGGAGAGGGAUGAAGGUUGGAGAGGGAUGAAGGUUGGAGAGGGAUGAAGGUUGAAGAGAGAGGGAUGAAAGUGGAGAAAGAGGGAUGAAAGUUGGAGAGAGAGGGAUGAAGGUUGGAGAGGGAUGAAGUUUGGAGAGGGAUGAAGGUUGGAGAGGGAUGAAGGUUGGAGAGGGAUGAAGGUUGGAGAGAGAGGGAUGAAAGUGGAGAAAGUGGGAUGAAAGUUGGAGAGAGAGAGAUGAAGGUUGGAGAGAGAGAGAUGAAGGUUGGAGAGAGAGAGAUGAAGGUUAGAGAGAGGGAUGAAGGUUGGAGAGAGGGAUGAAGGUGAGAGGGAUGAAGAUGCAGAGAGAGGGAAAGAGAGGUAAACGUUAGAGGAAGAGGUACCUGUUGACAUCUUUCCAGUCAAAAUUGUUGUGCAUCACCACAUGGGGCGCCUGGGAGGCCAGGUUGAGGUUGCCAUUGGUUACAGCCUGACAGGGGGUGGUGAGGAGACAGCACAGGCCAUCUGCACAAUCUGUCAAAGAGGAGGGGCCACUUUCUUUACCAGAAACCAUACACAGCUAUCCUGUGGUUAUAACCAGUUAGCUACCAUAAACAGUGACUAAAAUGUAAAUGUACAAGGACACAUUAAUGGCACAAGGAGAGCACUAGAAUUGAAUGUCUUCCACAUCCACAAAAUAGCCUACUUCACAAAUGUACUUCCACUACAGUCGACAGCUCUUAUGACUCCACUUAGUUACUGAAUAUAGCAUAGCAUUACAGUGCAUUGGAGUUGGUGUGGCUUGAAAGAGUCAAUAAUUCCACGUUAGAAAGUAAUAACUACCAUACCAGUGGUGUCAUGAGUUCUAAAAUAAUGAAUGGUUCCAGCCCUUAUAAUAAUGCUGUACUUGUCAGCUUAUCUUUCCUAUAAAUAGUUUCCAUAGAGUCUACAUGUGUAUGGCUUUAAUGUCAGAAUGUAAUAUUCAUCAGAUAUGUUAGCGUCCUGGAAAAACCUAUUUUUUAAAAAGAAAAGGGGAAAAAAAGAAAUGUAUUUUCAGAUAUGACUAUUGCCAGACAUAUUGCCUUUAAUCAUGAACCUUUCACAGAUCAUGGAGGGGGAUGACUGCUUUAAUCAUGAACCUUUCACAGAUCAUGGAGGGGGAUGACUACUAUAAUCAUGAACCUUUCACAGAUCAUGGAGGGGGAUGACUACUUUAAUCAUGAACCUUUCACAGAUCAUGGAGGGGGAUGACUACUAUAAUCAUGAACCUUUCACAGAUCAUGGAGGGGGAUGACUACUUUCAAUUUAUGUAUUUUUUUUUUUAAUCUACAAAAAAGUGAGAAACAAGGUUUUUCAAGGACACCGAUGAAUAGAUUUGGACUAAAUAUCCACGAUUAUGUCCCCAUGGAUUGUUAUUUACCAGAGUAGUGGUUGACAAGGUCCUCCAGACACUGGAAGGUCAGACCAGGUGAGAUGUAGUACCAGUUGUUGGGAAGGCGGAUGAUGCGAUAGUGUACCAUAGCCCUGUGACGUACAGACAGGGUAUACACACCUACAACACCACCCAGUCAAAGAAAAACAAUACAUCAUUGAAUCCGUAUAAAGUGGGUUGAUUUUGGUUGAUCAUUUUAGUAGUUGACGUGAGAAAAUGUAUUGGCAGCCCUGUAGUCUAGUUUAGACGAAAGGCUUUAUAACACCAACUUUUAUAUAUAUACCAUUUAUUUACGCCAUUUAGCGGUCACCUUUAUCCAAAGUGAUUUACAGUAGUGCUUGCAUACCCACAAACCUCGCGUUGCAAGUACAAUGCCCUACAAACGGAGCCACGCAGGACCACCACAGGACCACCUAAGAUCCAUUUAAGUUACUGUGCAGACAUCUCUAGGCCACUCACCUUUUUGACUUUCUCUUAUCAUGAAGGAGCCAGCUCUGUUUCCGGGCAGACGAAGCAGUUCCUCUGCUUUGGGUCGGGCCACCCCUUCAAACAACCAGCUAAAUGAAUAAGAUUAAAGUUCAACCAUUAUCAUCAAGCAUGCCUUAAUGCUUAGAACCUCCCCUAAAACAACAGCUGUGAAAUAAAGAUUAAAACAUAUCACUAGCCAUUUGAAUAACCUUUGUGAUAGCCUUGUACCUUUUCAGAAAUACCAAGCAUUAAGAGCAUUAUCGUCCGUUAGGUCACUUUUAUGCCUUAAAGGCAGAUAGAUACAUGGGCACUGACUAGGAAAGUGUUCAGGUUAGUAUAUGUAGCCAGGCAGAGUACAUGGCAACUGGACCAGGAAAGUGGCAGGUUAGCUAUACUGUAAGGCAUGCGGGAUGACAUGGCACUGGGACCAGGAAAAGUGUUCAGGUUAGUAUUAUGUAGCAGGCCGAUGACAUGGCACUGGACCAGGAAAGUGUCAGGGUUAGUAUAUUGUAGCAGGCGGAUGACAUGGGCACUGGACCAGGAAAGUGUCAGGUAGUAUAUGUAGCAGGCAGAUGACAUGGCACUGGACCAGGAAAGUGUCAGGUUAGUAAUGUAGCAGGCAGAUGACAUGGCAUGACCAGGAAAGUGUCAGGUUAGUAUAUGUAGCAGGCAGAUGACAUGGCACUGGACCAGGAAAGUGUCAGGUUAGUAUAUGUAGCAGGCGGAUGACAUGGCACUGGACCAGGAAAGUGUCAGGUUAGUAUAUGUAGCAGGCAGAUUACAUGGCACUGGACCAGGAAAGUGUCAGGUUAGUAUAUGUAGCAGGCAGAUGACAUGGCACUGGACCAGGAAAGUGUCAGGUAGGUUAGUGUUGCAGUGAGUUCACCCACCCGUGAUAGACCUUGGCCACAUGGUUGUUGGGGAUGUAGUUCUCAUAUCCUGUUUGGACAGAACAAACCCUCCACCAGUAACCCUCCCUGACAGAAGACAAGAAGGAAGGAGAGUGAGUCCCAAAUAGCAUUUAGUUCACUAUAGGCCAAUAGGGCUCUGGUCAAAAGAAUUGGCCAGAUUUGAUCCCUUCUCUGUCAGUCUAGUCAAACAGAUCAGCUCUAAGAAGAGGUAGUGUUGUGUUGAGGUACUGAAUGUGGAGGACUAGGCCUGCGUCCCAAAUUGCCCCCUAGUCCCUAUAUAGUGCACUACUUUUGACCAGGGCCCAUUGCACUCUAUUCCCAAAAGGGCUCUGGUCAAAAGUAGUGCACUAUAUAGGGAAUAGGGGUGCCAUUUGGGACACAGUCCUUAGAUUCAGUUGGGUUCAGUCACUCACUCUGCCAGGAGUCUCAGUCUCUCUCCUAUCCUGAAGAGAGGCACACUGACGUCUGCUGAGGGGUAGUCCGACAGGACUACCAGGGUAUCACUGACGUCUGCUGAGGGGUAGUCCGACAGGACUCCCAGGGUAUCACUGACGUCUGCUGAGGGGUAGUCAGACAGGACUACCAGGGUAUCACUGACGUCUGCUGAGGGGUAGUCCGACAGGACUACCAGGGUAUCACUGACGUCUGCUGAGGGGUAGUCCGACAGGACUCCCAGGGUAUCACUGACGUCUGCUGAGGGGUAGUCAGACAGGACUCCCAGGGUAUCACUGACGUCUGCUGAGGGGUAGUCCGACAGGACUACCAGGGUAUCACUGACGUCUGCUGAGGGGUAAUCCGACAGGACUCCCAGGGUAUCGUUGUCUGGCAAGAAGGGAAACCAUAAUGAUUAAUAAUAUACACAGUCAUUUGUAAUGGUAAAGUCAUACAGAUAUACAGUACGUACAGAAUGUUUUAAUUCUAUAUUUCUGGUUAAAGUCUUCUCUUUAUAGUGGUCAGUGUGAAAAACAGUCCCCUCCUGUGCCAGUCUGGCCCAGCGGGAACUAGUGGUGGUUAUUUAAGCAGAGGGAGGACAACGUUUUUAUUUAAUGAGCAUGGCCUUAUUUGGCAAUAAAUUAAUAAAACCAAAAGCUUACCUUGACUUGGAAGAGUUCCAGUGUUGGAUAGCCACUGCCAGCUAGCUAACAUAGCAUAAUCUCUGUUUGAGCCGGGUGUUUGAGUAGGAUAAACUAGCUAGCUGCAUUCGCUAGCUAAGGAAGUGAAAGUGAAAAACAUACUACAAAAAAAUAUAGCUAGCUCUCUCGCUUGAUUAAUUUUUGAAUAAAUUAAUUUGUUCAACACUGUUCAACUAUUGUCUUUCUCUCUCUUUGAGUCAGCUACUCACCACAUGUUAUGCACUGCAGUGCUAGCUAGCGGUAGCUUAUGCUUUCAGUACUAGAUUCAUUCUCUGAUCCUUUGAUUGGGUGGACAACAUGUCAGUUCAUGCUGCAAGAGCUCUGAUAGGUUGGAGGACGUCCUCCGGAAGUUGUCAUAAUUACUGUGUAAAUCUAUGUAAGGGGGUGAGAACCUCUAAUGGUUAUUUACUGUGGAGUGCAUAAUGUACGAGGUGACUGUAGUUCAUCGUCAUAGCUGAUGUAACCAAUGGGAAAACGCCAUGUACUGGUGUACUAUCUUAAUUUGACCAGUUUCUCACAGCAGGAAAAUAAUCCUUCAGCAACAGGAAAUGUAAAUUAUUGUGUGGAUUAUAAUUAAUGGACAUUUUUGUAGGGGUUGAUACCUUUUUAGUUAGGAAAAAUCAAGUCUGACAUUUUAAAAUGGAAAUUACAAACGAAGAAGCAUUUUUAAAACUUAGAAUACACAACAAUUAGUAUUUCCUUCUGCAAAGGAAAAUUCUCUGCGACAACAGAGUGAUCAAAUUAAGAGAGUACAUCUGUACAGUAUCUCCCAAUAACUAGCGAAAGCAGACGUGUUAUCAGGUCGUCCAUAUCACAUGAAGAUUAUAUUAUUUUUCCAUUCAGUCAGCAGCUCUUGCGCGGUCAUUUCAAGACGCUAAACGCUCACACACUGAUGCUGUUACAAAAACAUUUAAAAAAAAAUUGUUUUUGUAUGUUUGUUUUUACAUAGGAGUACAUGUUGUUACAAGUCAGGGAGUAGGGAAGUAGGAUACUGUUCAGAAUUUAAUUUAAUGAAGAAAUAUGUUUUAUAUUACAUCAUGGUCCAUUAAAAAGCAUGUUGUUAGAGGUGCUGACGAACUGAAUAGUAAACUGUCUACAACAGAAAGUUCUACACUGUAUAUAUACUCCCAACAAUAUACUCCCAACAAUUUAAUUGGUAAACAAAAUAUAGCAAAUAUUGCGUGGUGAUCAUUUGACCUAAUUCUAAAUUAUUUUCUUCAUUUAUAAGCUUGCGGUAGUUUGGCUACAGUUUGCAUGAGAGGAGCCUUAUUUAUUUUGGGUGACAUUAUGCAAAUGUUUACACAUGCACAGAGCAUGACAGGGCCAGUACAGCUUAUGAAAACAGUGUCAGUCUACCAAGUCAGUCCACCCUUACUUAACAAGUACAUUAAAUUAACUAUUGCCCAUUAAAGAGGCAAUCUGCGAUUCUGAACUUUUAAAUGAAUUAAUAUAUAGCCAUUCUUGAAUAAUUUUUAUUUAUUUUGCCCCUUUAACAGGAUCCUUUCAUUAACAAAACAAUAAUUACCUAAAUACAGGCUUCCUUAACCAGAGAGACUUACUUCUCAGAGAGGGGUCAGAGCUGGUGUUGGUGUCAUCCCCAUUCGCUGGCAUAGAGACUGGGCUGGUCCUGACGUUCCCCAUGUCUGGUCAGAGAGCCUUGUUGUUCAUUUGGAUGCAGGAAUAAAGUGCUGGGAAGCAGCAGUGCUAUGCAUGCGUGCCUCUCAUUCCUUUAUCUCACUAUUUAGCCCAGCACUGGUAUUCUCAAGUUUAGGAUGUCGAUAUCAUCCUCCUUUCUUCAGAGAGCCUAACAACACCAGCCUGUAGCAGUCUCAGCCGUUGUACCUAAUACAACCCCAUAUUUGGUACAAUAUAACCUGAAUUAGCUUAGCAUGAUGCUACAGUACUGUAUAACGGUGAUAAGCAGCAGCUUAUCCGUCUAUUCUAUGCAUCCUGCCAAUCUGUUUUUGUUUAGCUUAUCUUGUCACUUCCUCCCUAAUGGGGAAGUUGAGUGUAGCUUGUUUUUCACCACAUUUUUCCACUCCUGAAAUAGACUAAUCACCACAGGACAGUAGCUAAUAGGUUAUAGACUAAUCACCACAGGACAGUAGCUAAUAGAUUAUAGACUAAUCACCACAGGACAGGCUAUAGAUUUAUAGACAUUAGAUCAUCCAUGGACAAAAUUAGCUAUCAAUAGAUCAUAUUAGCUAUCUUACAUAGAGACAGUAUUAAUAAGUUAAGCUAGAUCCUUUCUCAGCUUAGCUCAGUGAGACUAACACCACAUGGAGUGUACUGACGUUACAUUAUCUACACAGAGUGGCACAGUAUCACUUUCAUCUAGUGGUUUCUACUGUUACUCAUUCCAUUUCUCUCCAAAUGCUAGCUUCAUAUAUAUUUUCCAUCUCAUGCUAUGUGUAUGACUAGUAGCCCAGAGCAGUAGUUAGGCAUGCCUGAGUUCCCGGAGUGGCUUCUCCCUCUGACUAUCACCCGGCGUGCAGAUCAACACCAGCACUGACUAGUUCACUAGUACUUCUGUAACCCAACAUCUUUGCUCUUAUAUCCCCAGGGUGGCUCUGUGUUCUCCUCUGCCUCAGUGCUGAGUGGUUCUCUGACUCUGUCCUCCUCUCUCUCUCUCUCUCUCUCCCCAGGGUGGCUCUGUGUUCUCCCCUGCCUCAGUGCUGAGUGUAUCCAAGGCCCAGAGGCAGGCUGAGGCUCUGGCCCGGGAGCUGGGCUGUCCCCCCUCUGACCCAGAACAGCUGGCCUCCUGCCUGAGAGCAGCACCAGCACAGGACCUCAACGCUGCCCAGACUAAGGUACUGUUGGCCUUGUAGACCCAGACCAAGGUACUGUUGGCCUUAUAGACCCAGACCAAGGUACUGUUGGCCUUGUAGACCCAGACCAAGGUACUGUUGGCCUUAUAGACCCAGACCAAGGUACUGUUGGCCUUAUAGACCCAGACUAAGGUACUGUUGGCCUUAUAGACCCAGACCAAGGUACUGUUGGCCUUAUAGACCCAGACCAAGGUACUGUUGGCCUUAUAGACCCAGACCAAGGUACUGUGGCCUUAUGACCCAGACCAAGGGUACUGUUGGCCUUAUAGACCCAGACUAAGGUACGGUUGCCUUAUAGACCCAGACCAAGGUACUGUGGCCUUUAGAAGACCAAGACCAGGUACUGUUGGCCUUAUAGACCCAGACCAAGGUACUGUGGCCUUAUAGACCCAGACCAAGGUACUGUUGGCCUUAUGACCCAGACCCUUAUAGACACAAGGUACGUGUGGCCUUAUAGACCCAGACAAGGUAUUUGGCCUUAUAGACCCAGACAAGGUACUGUUGGCCUUAUAGACCCAGACCAAGGUACUGUUGGCCUUAUAGCCCAGACAAGGUACUGUUGGCCUUAUAGACCCAGACAAGGUACUGUGGCCUUAAGGACCCGACUAAGUACAUGUUGGCCUUAUAGACCCAGACUAAGGUACUGUUGGCCUUAUAGACCCAGACUCAGGUACUGUUGGCCUUAUAGACCCAGACCAAGGUACUGUUGGCCUUAUAGACCCAGACUUAUAGACCCAGACUAAGGUACUGUUGGCCUUAUAGACCCAGACCAAGGUACUGUUGGCCUUAUAGACCCAGACUAAGGUACUGUUGGCCUUAUAGACCCAGACUUAGACCCAGACUAGUACUGUGGCCUUAUAGACCCAGACCAAGGUACUGUUGGCCUUAUAGACCAGACAAGGUACUGUUGGCCUUAUAGACCCAGACCAAGGUACUGUUGGCCUUAUAGACCCAGACUUAUAGACCCAGACUAAGGUACUGUUGGCCUUAUAGACCCAGACUAAGGUACUGUUGGCCUUAUAGACCCAGACUAAGGUACUGUUGGCCUUAUAGACCCAGACUAAGGUACUGUUGGCCUUAUAGACCCAGACCAAGGUACUGUUGGCCUUAUAGACCCAGACCAAGGUACUGUUGGCCUUAUAGACCCAGACUAAGGUACUGUUGGCCUUAUAGACCCAGACUAAGGUACUGUUGGCCUUAUAGACCCAGACUAAGGUACUGUUGGCCUUAUAGACCCAGACUAAGGUACUGUUGGCCUUAUAGACCCAGACCAAUGUACUGUUGGCCUUAUAGACCCAGACCAAGGAAGGUAGCCUGUUUCUGUAGUGAGGCAGCUUGAUGUAGUUUGUGUGUUUGUAUUGGUAUUGAUAUGUAGGCUACGUGUGCCUUUUUAAAAUUAUUAUUUUAUUUUUAAAAAUAUUGAUGUAGUUCUGUUCUUGUCUGUUAAUGUUCUGUAUUAUGUCAUGUUUCAUGUGGACCCCAGGAAGAGUAGCUGCUGCUUUUGGAACAGCUAAUGGGGAUCCUAAUAAAAGACCAAAUACCAAAAUACCCCCCAAUUUUUUUUUAUUUAAAACCCCUGGACAGGACACUAGUCUAUCUUCUGUUUCUGUAGCGUUUGGCAGCUUGAUGUACCGGUAUACCCCCUGGACAGGACGCUAGUCUAUCUUCUGUUUCUGUAGCUUCUUUUUGACAUUUUUCAAUAUAAUAUAUCUAUUAAAAACACAUGCUGUGUUCCCAUUCUAACAGGUAUCAUAGGUUGUAUUCCAAAUGGCACCCUAUUCCCUGUUUAAUUCCAAAUGGCACCCUAUUCCCUGUUUAGUGCACUACUUUUGACUAGGGCCCAUAGGGCUCUGGUCGAAAGUAGUGCACUAUAAAGGCAAUAGAUGCUAUUUGGGUCAUCGUUUUUUUGUUUUUCUGUCAAAUGUUCUGUUAUCUGUUUCAGUUGCUGUCAGUCAGUGGGCCCCUGCAGGCCUGGGGUCCAGUGGUGGAUGGGGUCUCUGUCCAGGGGAAACCCUCCAUGGCCCUGAUGAAUGCACUCUCCCACAGAGCUGACCUCCUGCUGGGCUCCUCCGCAGAGGAUGGACUCAUCAGCAGGGCCAAGAGGAUCAAGGUGAGAACCAGAGAUCCUACAAUUCAUAGGCGUUCUUUAUGUAUUUCUAUGGUGAGAACAUUCACUUCUAGUAUCGUCCAUCUAUUUAGUUGUACCUGUUUAUUGAGCUUUCUCCAUGCUUUAGGAUGGAACUGGGGAAUUCGGCUUUUUGUUUUUCAUAUAAGAUAUAUUAUAAUGCGUUAACUCCUAGUUCAACUCAGCUAGUGACUACUGUGUUGGCGGUUUGUCCUCAUUCAUAUCAAUGCAUCCCCAAUUAUUAGUGUUGAUUUAGUAUUACUAUACUCAGCCACAUUUCAUAUCACCAACUUCUACUUUUCCCCCCUAAUGUCUGACGACAGAACUUUGAGGAGCUCCAGGGGCGAGCUGACAGUAAAACAGCGUUCUACGAAGCCCUGUCCAACUCUCUGGGUGGAGACGAUGCCAAUGCUUUUGUCAAGGCUGCAGCUACCUGGUUUUACUCUAUGCAGCACUCUCCCUCUCCUGCUGGUUACAAUGUCUUCUCUCAGGCUCUUAACAAUGCAACCAGGUGAGAAAUGUGCUAAGCACACUACUGUAUACAGUAUUCAUGGAGUUCCAGAAUACCUUCCUCUUAUUCAUAGAAUUUAGUGUAUCAAUAUACAGUUCCUGUUUGGAGAAGCAAGCACCAUAAUAAUCUAAUCAUGUCACAAGAUACCAUUCUCUGUUCAGUUCUGUGUAUUCAGUUAUCAGUUCAGUUCGGUUCAUUUAUUUGGCCUUUUACAGGAAUUUGUGUCUUCGCGUUCAAGAGCACUGAGUUCUAUACAGUGAGUUCUAUACAGUGAGUUCUAUACAGUGAGUUCUAUGCAGUGAGUUCUAUACAGUGAGUUCUAUACAGUGAGUUCUAUAAAGUGAGUUUUAUACAGUGCCUUCAGAAAGUAUUCAUACCCCUUGACUAAUUGUGUUACAGCCUGAAUUCAAAAUUGUUUAAAUUGAUAUUUUUCCUCACCCAUCUACACACAAUACCCCAUAAUGACAAAUUUAUUGAAAAUGAAAUACAGAAAUAUCUUAUUUACGUAAGUAUUCACACCUGAUACACCUUUGGCGGAGAUUACAGCUUUGAGUCGUAUUGGGAUAUGUCUGUAUCAGCUUUGCACGUCUGGAUUUUGAGAUUUUCUCCCAUUCUUCCGGGCUGAUUUUCUCAAAAUCUGUUAAGUUAUAUGGGGAGCGGCGGUGAACAGCAAUCUUCAAGUCUUUCCACAGAUUUUCAAUGGGAUUCAAGUCUGGGCUUUGGCUGGGCCACUCAAGGACUUUCACAUUCUUGUUCUGAAGCCAUUCCAUCAUUGCUUUGGCUCUAUGCUUGCAGUCAUUGUCCUAUUGGAACGUAAAGCAGGUUCUCAUAUAGGAUUUGCCUGUAUUGCUGAAAAGCAUCCCCAUAGCAUGAUGCUGCCACCACCAUGCUUCACGGUAGGGAUGGUGUUAGACGGGUGAUGAGCUGUGCCUGGUUUUCUCCAAUCAUAGCGCUUUGCAUUCAGGCCAAAGAGUUACAUUUUUGUCUCAUCAGACCACAGAAUAUUUUGCUUUAUGCUCGGAGUCUUUCAUGUGCCUUUUUGCAAACUCCAGGUGUGCUGUCAUUUGCCUUUUUCUCAGGAGUGGCUUCCAUCUGGCCACUCUCACAUAAAGCCCAGAUUGGUGGAGUGCUGUAGAGACAGUUAUUCUUCUGGCAGGUUCUCCCAUCUUAGCCAAGGAACUCUGCAGUUUUGUCAGAGUGGUCAUUGGGUUCUUGGUCACCUCCCUGACCAAAGUCCUUCUUGUCCGGUUGCUCAGUUUGGUCAAACGGCCAGCUCUAGGCAGAGUCUGGGUAGUUCCAUAUUUUUUCAAUUUUCCAAUGAUGAAGACCACUGAGUUCUUGGAAACUUUCAACACUCUAGAAAUGGUUUUAUACCCUUCCCCAGAUAUAUGCCUCAUCACAACAGUUCCUUAGACUUCAUGGUAUAGUUUCUGCUCUGACAUGCACUGUCAACUGUGGGACCUUAUAUACACAGGUGUGUUUCUUUCUAAAUCAUGCCCAAACAAUUGAAUUGGCCACAGAUGGACUCCAAUCAAGUUGUAGUGACAUCUCAAGGAUGAUCAAAGGAAAUUGGAUGCACCUGAGCUCAAUUUGGAGUGUCAUAGGAAAGGGGUGUGAAUACAUAUGUAAAUUAGAUAUUUCUGUAUUUUAUUUUUGAUAAAUUAGCUAACAAUUCUUAAAACAUGUUUUCACUUUGUCAUUAUGGGAUAUUGUGUGUAGAUGGGUGAGAACAUGUUUUAUUUAAUCAAUACUUUCUGAAGGCCAUACAGUGAGUUCUAUACAGUGAGUUCUAUACAGUGAGUUCUAUACAGUGAGUUCUAUACAGUGAAUUCAAGGCAGUUAGUUUUACGCAGUGCGUUCGGUACAGUGAGUUAUAUGCAGUGAGUUCUAUACAGUGAGUUCUAUACAGUGAGUUCUAUACAGUGAGUUCUAUACAGUGAGUUCUAUACAGUGAAUUCAAGGCAGUUAGUUUUACGCAGUGCGUUCAGUACAGUGAGUUAUAUGCAGUGAGUUCUAUGCAGUGAGUUCUACGCAGUUAGUUCUACACAGUGAGUUCUACACAGUGAAUUCAAGGCAGUUAGUUCUACGCAGUGAGUUCUAUACAGUGCAGAGUGAGUAGAGACUCAUACCUAGAGUAUAGACCUCUUUACACUUAUAUGUUGCUUUACUGUCAUUGACAAACUGGAACAGGGUGUGCAUCCCAAAUGGCACCCUAUUCCCUAUAUAGUGUACUACUUUCGACCCGAGCCCUGUGGGCCCUGUUCAAAAGUAGUGCACUAUAAAGGGAAUAGGGUGCCAUUUGGGACGCAACACUGAAUAACUGGAACAGAGGGUGUUUCACUUGUGGUCCAGAGGAAGGAAACAGCCAGCCAAGUGAAGACUGAAAUAACCUGAGGAUUUAGAAGAACUGUGUGAGCUGUUUUACUGAUAGUGUUAGAAGCAGUGUGUGUAGAAAAGAAAGAAAUGUAACCAUUCAGAAAUAGAACUGCUAGUGCUGUGGCGCAGCCAUUUAACUUGGCCCUGCAAUGGGACAUAGACCAAGCUUUUCACCAGGGAUGUGCCAUAAGGAAACGUCAGGGCAUAUAUUCAUAAAGCGUCUUAGAGAAGGAAUGCUGAUCUAGGACCAGUUUUGCCUUUUGGAUUAUAAAAUGAAUGGAUAGAUGGAAUCUGAUUCUAUACUGAACAAAAAUAUAAACGCAGCAUGCAACAAUUUUCAAAGAUUUGACUGAGUUACAGUUCAUAUAAGGAAAUCAGUCAAUUGAAAUAAAUAAAUUAGGCCUUAAAGUAUGGAUUUCACAUGACUGGGCAGGGGCGCAGCCAUAGGUGGGCCUGGGAGGGUACAGGCCCACCCACUUGGCAGCCAGGCCCAGCCAGGACCCCCACCCCCAACUGUCAGGUGGAUGGGUUAUCUUGGCAAAGGGGAAAUGCUCACUAACAGGGAUGUAAACAAAUUUGUGCACAACAUUUGAGAGAAAUAAGCUUUUUGUGUGUAUGAAACAUUUACUGGGAUUUUGUAUUUCAGUGAAUGAAACAUGGGACCAACACUUUACAUGUUGCGUUUAUACACUGCUCAAAAAAAUAAAGGGAACACUUAAACAACACAUCCUAGAUCUGAAUGAAUGAAAAAAUCUUAUUAAAUACUUUUUUCUUUACAUAGUUGAAUGUGCUGACAACAAAAUCACACAAAAAUUAUCAAUGGAAAUCAAAUGUAUCAACCCAUGGAGGUCUGGAUUUGGAGUCACCCUCAAAAUUAAAGUGGAAAACCACACUACAGGCUGAUCCAACUUUGAUGUAAUGUCCUUAAAACAAGUCAAAAUGAGGCUCAGUAGUGUGUGUGGCCUCCACGUGCCUGUAUGACCUCCCUACAACGCCUGGGCAUGCUCCUGAUGUGGUGGUGGAUGGUCUCCUGAGGGAUCUCCUCCCAGACCUGGACUAAAGCAUCCGCCAACUCCUGGACAGUCUGUGGUGCAACGUGGCGUUGGUGGAUGGAGCGAGACAUGAUGCUCCACCUGCUCCUCCUUGCACAAAGGCGGAGGUAGCAGUCCUGCUGCUGGGUUGUUGCCCUCCUACGGCCUCCUCCACGUCUCCUGAUGUACUGGCCUGUCUCCUGGUAGCGCCUCCAUGCUCUGGACACUACGCUGACAGACACAGCAAACCUUCUUGCCACAGCUCGCAUUGAUGUGCCAUCCUGGAUGAGCUGCACUACCUGAGCCACUUGUGUGGGUUGUAGACUCUGUCUCAUGCUACCACUAGAGUGAAAGCACCGCCAGCAUUCAAAAGUGACCAAAACAUCAGCCAGGAAGCAUAGGAACUGAGAAGUGGUCUGUGGUCACCACCUGCAAAACCAGUCCUUUAUUGGGGGGUGUCUUGCUAAUUGCCUAUAAUUUCCACCUGUUGUCUAUUCCAUUUGCACAACAGCAUGUGAAAUGUAUUGUCAAUCAGUGUUGCUUCCUAAGUGGACAGUUUGAUUUCACAGAAGUGUGAUUGACUUGGAGUCACAUUGUGUUGUUUAAGUGUUCCCUUUAUUUUUUUGAGCAGUGUAUUUUUGUUCAGUUCAGCACUCCUACUCUGAGACACUUCAUGAAUACGGUCCCAGAUUCACUCAAGAUCAAUAAUUAUUUCCGUCAUCUUAUAUGCAAUGGAUUCUGUACAUACUGUAUGUCUCUGUAGUUAUGCGUAUGUUCUGUAUAUAUCUGCAGUAUUGACAGAGAUGUUCUUCUAAUGCGUAUGUUCUGUAUAUAUCUGCAGUAUUGACAGAGAUGUUCUUCUAAUGCGUAUGUUCUGUAUAUAUCUGCAGUAUUGACAGAGAUGUUCUUCUAAUGCGUAUGUUCUGUAUAUAUCUGCAGUAUUGACAGAGAUGUUCUUCUAAUGCGUAUGUUCUGUAUAUAUCUGCAGUAUUGACAGAGAUGUUCUUCUAAUGCGUAUGUUCUGUAUAUAUCUGCAGUAUUGACAGAGAUGUUCUUCUAAUGCGUAUGUUCUGUAUAUAUCUGCAGUAUUGACAGAGAUGUUCUUCUAAUGGGUAUGUUCUGUAUAUAUCUGCAGUAUUGACAGAGAUGUUCUUCUAAUGCGUAUUUUCUGUAUAUAUCUGCAGUAUUGACAGAGAUGUUCUAGAGACAGGCUUUGGUAGUUAUAUGAAUGGUUUCCGCUGCCUCUCCUCUUCAGCGUUUACUGCACUGGACUUCACCCACAUAAUAACUAGUGUCAAAUAUAGCAGGGAACAGGGCUGACGCUGACCCACACAACACACCCAUGGACCUGCGGUUAGCUCAGGAUAGCAGCCGACCGAUGCCUUGAAGAGGAAAAACAACAGCAUAUCUCACAUUCACAACAUGUAUUUUAGUAAAAGAGUCCUGACCUGAAACUAUCACUAUGCUAGGAGUUAUACUAGACAUUCUCCAGAGUUCAAAAUGCCUGUAACUUAAAGGCAGAUAUGUCCACUGCUCGUUUAUCCACAUCCAUCAGUGCAUUUUGGCUGCAGCAGGAGUGGCCCCUCGCUCAGUAAAUACCCGCCCUGCUGUAACACACUGGAUAUGUCCCAAAUGGCACCCUAUUCCCUGCAUAGUGCACUACCGCUAUGGGCUCUGGUCAAAAGUAGUGCACUAUAUAGGGAAUCGGGUGCCAUUUGGAACCUAGCCUUAGUUAACUAGCCUGGGUUCUGUGGCAGCCAGACAGACCAUUUCUUCUGAAGACACACAUACACACACACACACAACCCUCAGUCACACAUGCACACACACACAACCCUCAGUCACACAUACACACACACAACCCUCAGUCACACACACACACACACAACCCUCAGUCACACACACACACACAACCCUCAGUCACACACACACACACACACAACCCUCAGUCACACACACACACACACACAACCCUCAGUCACACACACACACACACAACCCUCAGUCACAUACACACACACACAACCCUCAGUCACACAUGCACACACACACAACCCUCAGUCACACAUACACACACACAACCCUCAGUCACACACACACACACACAACCCUCAGUCACACACACACACACACAACCCUCAGUCACACACACACACACACAACCCUCAGUCACACAUACACACACACAACCCUCAGUCACACAUGCACAUGUUUGGUUUGUUAGACAACACUGAGUGAGUGAUUGUCAGUGAACUGCUGUCCUGUCAUGUACAGAAUAGGUCCACCUGGAUUUAUCCUUUCUCUCAGUCUUUGUCCACAAAGCAAAGUGAAACAUUUUUCAUUUUAGUCAUUUAGCAGACGCUCUUAUCCAGAGCAACUUACAGUUAGUGAGUGCAUACAAUAAACAAUGCUGUGAAGUGUGUUGAGACAGUGUUAAAUGUCUCAACAAUGUCUCUCUCUGUCGCUCUCUGUCUCUGCAGAGAUCUCUUCAUUGUGUGCCCCACCAUAAAGAUGGCCAACUUCUGGGCAGCUAACUCCAGAUCCAAUGUGUUCAUGUACCACCGUGCCUGAGGACACCGCCCAGACCAGGUAAUCACUGGGUGUGAGGAGGACUAGGCAGCCAGGAAGCCAGUUCAGGUCAGGGCUCCAGACCGUUGACUACUAGUCAAGUAGUACUUGCGUUAACUCAGACUACCUUGUUGUGUCCAGCAAUACUGGUAAAUGUGUUUUGCUGUGUUGCUAGGGAAGUGGCAUGAUAAUGUAUUGUUUAUUUGUUUUUCUUUGCUGUGUUGCUAGGGAAGUGGCAUGAUUAUUAUUUUAUUUUUUGUCAUUUAGCAGACGCUCUUAUCCAGAGCGACUUACAGUUAGUGAGUGCAUACAUUUUCAUACUGCCCCCCCCCCCGUGGGAAACGAACCCACAACCCUGGUGUUGCAAGCGCCAUGCUCUACCAACUGAGCGACAGGGGACUACAUGAUAAUGUAUUAUUUAUUUGUUUUGUUUUGCUGUGUUGCUAGGGAAGUGGGAUGAUAAUGUAUUAUUUUGUAUUUGUGUGUGAUUUGUUUUCAUUUCAGUGCUGACCUGUCAGUGCCCCUGGAUGUCCAGUAUGUGUUUGGCCUCCCCCACAGCCCACUGACCUACAACCUGUUCACCAACACAGAGAGACGCCUCUCCCUGCAGAUGAUGACCUACAUGGCCAACUUCAUCAAGUCCGGGUAAAAAAAAAAUACUAAACAGAAAUGACUUUAAAUAAAUGCCAACUAUACCGUAUAGUAGAGCCAUUUCCAUCUAAAUCAAUUGGUUUAUUUUGUAUUGUUUGUUACAUCUAAACCAAUUCCCAUGACUGGAGAAUACUGCCUUAUGCAUGUGGUAUCAUAAUAUAUAAUAUAUGCCAUUUACAGUGGCUUGCGAAAGUAUUCACCCCCCUUGGCAUUUAUUCUAUUUUGUUGCCUUACAACCUGGAAUUAAAAAUCGAUUUUGGGGGGGUUUGUAUCAUUUGAUUUACACAACAUGCCUACCACUUUGAAGAUGCAAAAUAUUUUUUAUUGUGAAACAAACAAGAAAUAAGACAAAAAAACAGAACUUGAGCAUGCAUAACUAUUCACCCCCCCCCAAAGUCAAUACUUUGUAGAGCCACCUUUUGCAGCAAUUACAGCUGCAAGUCUCUUGGGGUAUGUCUCUAUAAGCUUGGCACAUCUAGCCACUGGGGGGUUUGCCCAUUCUUCAAGGCAAAACUGCUCCAGCUCCUUCAAGUUGGAUGGGUUCCGCUGGUGUACAGCAAUCUUUAAGUCAUACCACAGAAUCUCAAUUGGAUUGAGGUCUGGGCUUUGACUAGGCCAUUCCAAGACAUUUCAAUGUUUCCCCUUAAACCACUUUAGUGUUGCUUUAGCAGUAUGCUUAGGGUCAUUGUCCUGCUGGAAGGUGAACCUCCGUCCCUGUCUCAAAUCUCUGGAAGACUGAAACAGGUUUCCUUCAGAAUUUCCCUGUAUUUAGCGCCAUCCAUCAUUCCUUCAAUUCUGACCAGUUUCCCAGUCCCUGCCGAUGAAAAACAUCCCCACAGCAUGAUGCUGCCAUCACCAUGCUUCACUGUGGGGAUGGUGUUCUCGUGGAGAUGAGAGGUGUUGGGUUUGCGCCAGACAUAGCGUUUGAUGGCCAAAAAGCUCAUUUUUAGUCUCAUCUGACCAGAGUACUUUCUCCCAUAUGUUUGGGGAGUCUCCCACAUGCCUUUUGGCGAACACCAAACGUGUGUUCGCCAAAACGUGCGGCCCUCUCUUGGCAGUUUUGUUGUGGUGCCAUAUUCUUUCAUUUUUUAAAUAAUGGAUUUAAUGGUGCUCCGUGGGAUGUUCAAAGUUUCUGAUAUGUUUUUAUAACCCAACCCUGAUCUGUACUUCUCCACAACUUUGUCCCUGACCUGUUUGGAGAGCUCAUUGGUCUUCAUGGUGCCGCUUGCUUGGUGGUGCCCCUUGCUUAGUGGUGUUGCAGACUCUGGGGCCUUUCAGAACAGGUGUAUAUAUACUGAGAUCAUGUGACAGAUCAUGUGACACUUAGAUUGCACACAGAUGGACUUUAUUUAACUAAUUAUGUGACUUCUGAAGGUAAUUGGUUGCACCAGAUCUUAUUUAGGGGCUUCAUAGCAAAGGGGGUGAACACAUAUGCAUGCACCAUUUUUCCGUUAUUUAUUUUUUAGAAUUUUUUGAAACAAGUUAUUGUUUUAGUUUCACUAUUUUGUGUAUGUCCACUACAUGAAAUCCCAAAAAAAAUCCAUUGAAAUUACAGGCUGUAAUGCAACAAAAUAGGAAAAACGCCAAGGGGGAUGAAUACUUUUGCAAGGCACUGUAGCAGACGCUUUUAUCCAAAGUGACUUACAGUCAUGUGUGCAUACUACGUCUCUUAAAGUAUGUUUUCUCCUCCUGAACAGAGAUCCCAACCAGGCUCACAGUGUGUCCCGCGUGGCCUUCAGCGAGGCGGCACUGCCCCCCUGGCAUGCCUUCCAGCCCCACCCUGAUGGGGACAGCUACAUGGAGGUGGAGCCAGGCCUCAGUAACCACAGGGGCCUCCGCAGGGCCCAGUGCUCCUUCUGGGCCGACUACGUCCCCGCUCUGACCGCCUCCACUGGUGGGUCCAAACUGUCCAAACUGAAAAUAAGAUUACGUAAAACAUCAAUUUACCAACAAACCACAGACAUCUUUGACGAAAAGAACAAUGACAGGAACACAAAGGCAAAAUAAAAAUGAAAACAAGUAUUAAUUAUUCACUUUCUGUAUUUUCAGUGUCAGAAGGACAUACGUAGAAACAUAUGUAGCCGGUAAUUACAGGCUUAGUACUCUAUGUUCUUAGAUGGUGCCAAACGUCCAGUCUCCGUCUGCAGAGCUUUUCAUCUUUAGGAAAAACAUCCAUAUAUCACCGCUUUAGAGAAGAACAAAGCUGCUUCUACUUCAUGGGAUUACUUGGUGUCACAAGAAAGAUGUCUCUGUUUUUCAGGCAAACUUUCAUCUGCUGUGUCGGAGGGGGAAUCUGCUGGUUUGGGGGCUGGCACGCCAACACCAGAGACCAAGUUAUUUGCUGAUUUCCUGACAACUGUCACCCAGAGCAAACCCAAGUCAGAGAAGGAUGCUUAUAAUUAGAAAGGACAUCCACACUACGUACCAUUUAAUCAGCAUUCAGGGUUUAUCAUUCACACAUAGUGAGAAAUGUUGUUUCAACUGCCAAAGUAGUCUAUAAAUUAAGUAAUGUCAUUUAACUGCCUGUUAGAGUUUCCAUACUAAUGAAAUAAAACAAUUG